AUGUCUAGGAAAAAAACUCAAGAUGAUGAUCUUUCCAACAACAUUCCUGAUGGAGCCGAUUUCAAAAAUCUACUGAAACUGUUUCAGAAAUUAGUUGACCAAACAGUUGCUCAGAAAAGGGAUGAAAGAUUAGGCUUGUAUAUAAAAGAUGCUGGUAAGUAAUCCGGUUGUACACGCAGAGGGGUGGAAUUUGGGGUGAUAAAUGGAUUUACCCUUCAGAAUGAACAAGAGGAACAACAAGAGGAACAACAACAAGCAACAAGAGGAACAGCCAUUUUAGAUCUGGUCCUAACCAAUGUUGAUGACCUGGUUAGUGGGGUAGAAGUGGAAGGAUCAUUAGGCGCGAGUGAUCAUGCUCUUCUGAAGUUUACUAUACAGCGGAAAGGAGCAGCCAAGCAUACUAGGACUCAAUUUCUUGACUUUAAGAAAGCUGACUUCAUAAAACUUAGGGAAGUGCUGGGUGAGAUCCCAUGGACAGUAAUACUAAAAGGAAAGGGAGUUCAUGAUGGCUGGGAGUUUGUUAAGAGGGAGAUAGUAAAAGCACAACUUCAGGCAAUACCAAUGAGACGGAAACAUGGAAGGUGCCUAAAGAAGCCAGGGUGGCUAUCUAAAGAACUUUUAACUGAGUUAAGAUUUAAAAAGGAUGUGUACAAAAAUGGAAAAGGGGGAAACCACCAAAGAGGAAUUCAAACAAAUAGCCAGCACGUGUAGACACAAAGUCAGAAAAGCUAAAGCACAGAAUGAACUCAGGCUUGCUAGAGAGGUUAAAAGCAACAAGAAAGGCUUUUAUGGGUAUGUUCGUAGCAAAAGGAAGAACAAAGAAACAGUGGAGUCACUCAGAGGAGAAGAUGGUGAAAUGCAAACAGGGGACACAGAAAGGGCUGAACUCCUCAAUGCCUUCUUUGCCUCAGUCUUCUCCGAUAAAGAAAACAAUGCCCGACCUGAAGAAUUUGGAGCAAAUGAUUCAGCAAAGGAAACACAGCCCAGAAUAACUAAGGAGAUAGUACAAGAAUACUUGGCUAGUUUAGAUGUAUUCAAGUCUCCAGGGCCAGAUGAACUGCAUCCAAGAGUAUUAAAAGAACUGGCAGAUGUGAUCUCAGAACCACUGGCAGUCAUCUUUGAGAAUUCCUGGAGAACAGGUGAAGUCCCGGCAGACUGGAGGAGGGCAAAUGUUGUCCCUAUUUUCAAAAAGGGGAAAAGAGAGGACCCAAAUAAUUACCGCCCAGUCAGUCUGACAUCAAUACCAGGGAAGAUUCUGGAGCAGAUCAUUAAGCAAACAGUCUGUGAGCACCUAGAAAGGAAUGCUGUGAUCACCAAUAGUCAGCAUGGAUUUCUGAAAAAUAAGUCAUGUCAGACUAACCUGAUCUCGUUUUUUGACAGAAUUACAAGCCUGGUAGAUGAAGGGAACGCAGUGGAUGUAGCCUACCUUGAUUUCAGCAAGGCAUUUGACAAGGUGCCUCACGAUAUCCUUGUAAAGAAGCUGGUAAAAUGUGGUCUUGACUAUGCUACCACUCAGUGGAUUUGUAACUGGCUGACUGACCGAACCCAAAGGGUGCUCAUCAAUGGUUCCUCUUCAUCCUGGAGAAGAGUGACUAGUGGGGUGCCACAGGGUUCUGUCUUGGGCCCGGUCUUAUUCAGCAUCUUUAUCAACGACUUGGAUGAUGGACUCAAGGGCAUCCUGAUCAAAUUUGCAGAUGACACCAAACUGGGAGGGGUGGCUAACACCCCAGAGGACAGGAUCACACUUCAAAACGACCUUGACAGAUUAGAGAACUGGGCCAAAAGAAACAAGAUGAAUUUUAACAGGGAGAAAUGUAAAGUAUUGCACUUGGGCAAAAAGAAUGAGAGGCACAAAUACAAGAUGGGUGACACCUGGCUUGAGAGCAGUACAUGUGAAAAGGAUCUAGGAGUCUUGGUUGACCACAAACUUGACAUGAGCCAACAGUGUGACGCGGCAGCUAAAAAGCCAAUGCAAUUCUGGGCUGCAUCAAUAGGAGUAUAGCAUCUAGAUCAAGGGAAGUAAUAGUGCCACUGUAUUCUGCUCUGGUCAGACCUCACCUGGAGUACUGUGUCCAGUUCUGGGCACCACAGUUCAAGAAGGACACUGACAAACUGGAACGUGUCCAGAGGAGGGCAACCAAAAUGGUCAAAGGCCUGGAAACGAUGCCUUAUGAGGAACGGCUAAGAGAGCUGGGCAUGUUUAGCCUGGAGAAGAGGAGGUUAAGGGGUGAUAUGAUAGCCAUGUUCAAAUAUAUAAAAGGAUGUCACAUAGAGGAGGGAGAAAGGUUGUUUUCUGCUGCUCCAGAGAAGCGGACACGGAGCAAUGGAUCCAAACUACAAGAAAGAAGAUUCCACCUAAACAUUAGGAAGAACUUCCUGACAGUAAGAGCUGUUCGACAGUGGAAUUUGCUGCCAAGGAGUGUGGUGGAGUCUCCUUCUUUGGAGGUCUUUAAGCAGAGGCUUGACAACCAUAUGUCAGGAGUGCUCUGAUGGUGUUUCCUGCUUGGCAGGGGGUUGGACUCGAUGGCCCUUGUGGUCUCUUCCAACUCUAUGAUUCUAUGAUUCUAUGAUUCUAUGAAUUAAGUCACCCUAGAAAGGAGUCUACCAUUUCUCCCUUUCUUGCUCAAAACUUUCUCUAAUAUUGGGACCCAGGAAGCCAAAGAUCCCUGCUGUACUAUUUCAUAAAUUACGAGACAGAAAAGGGAUUCCAAAUGAAAAUGAAGACUAAACUAAAUUCUCCAAACACUGAUGAUGAUGGAUUGCAGCACGAGGUGAUGGUUGGAAAAGUAUCAAAAAUAGCUGUGCUGAUGUGUUAGCUUUUGUCUUUUCUUUCAUUGCAGAGGAAAUUGAUUACGAUAAAUUCUUUGCUGAAGUCCAGAGGCUGUUUGGUACAGAUGUGAAACCACAAGAUGUUAAAACCUUCUAUAGGAAGAUUAGCAACAAUCCUGAUGGGCGGACGGAAUGGUGCGAGGUAGAUACGUGUUGUUAAUAAUAAUAAUAAUAAUAAUAAUAAUAAUAAUACCGUAAUUUAUACCCCGCCCAUCUGGCUGGGUUUCCCCAGCCACUCUGGGUGGCUUCCAACAAAAUAUUAAAAACACAAUACAGCAUUAAACAUUAAAACUUCCCUAAACAGGGCUGGCUUCAGAUGUCUUUUAAAAGUAAGAUAUAGUUGCUUAUUUCCUUGACAUCUGAUGGGAGGACAUUCCACAGGGAAGGCGCUACUACCCAGAAGGCCCUCUGCUUGGUUCCCUGUAACCUUACUUCUUGCAGUGAGGGAACCGCCAGAAGGCCCUUGGUGCUGGAACUCAGUGUCCGGGCUGAAUGAUGGGGGUGGAGAUGUUCCUUCAUGUAUACUGGACCGAGGCCGUUUGAGGCUUUAAAGGUCAGCACCAACACUUUGAAUUGUGCUCUAAAACGUAGUGGUGUUGCUGUUUGCGGUGUAUAAAUGUGUCUUGAGCUCAACCCUAAGUCAAAGCAAUCCAAUCUGCACUCAUAUAUGAAACCAUUUACAAGAAAGAGAAUGCUGAUACACUUUUACUAUUAUUACUGACACAAGAUACCAUGCUAAGUUAAACCGUAGCUUAGCUGAUGUCCCACACUGACCUUAAAAGCCAAGGGAGGAGCAAAGGCCAUGUAAGUGCCUCCUCAGGAGCCAGCAUAGUCAUGGCAAGUUGCUCCUUGGUUUACUGUGACAUGAGCGCCAGGCCAUUAUAAUAAGGUUACCAGAUUUUUUUCAAAGAAUCCGGGGACACUUUUUUUAAAAAAAGAGAAAUCAGUUGACCGGGUGGCUGGGCGCUCUCGUUCCUGGCUCGAUUUGGGUCACGGUUUGUGUGUGUCAGUGGUUCCCCCUUGGCAGUGGCAGCAGCAGUCUCAGCAGCCCGGAGCCAGCCUGGUAGCACAGUUUGCUCUGGCUGGCUGCAGGAGCUGUUCACUGCCGUGGUGCCCGCCAUUUUGCCUCGCCGGAAGUCCCCAUAUGAUGUGUCUUGUGCCUUUGAAGCAAUCGCACAACAUUCAUUCCCUACUAAUAAAUCUACAACACUUAAAAUCUAAAUCCGGGACAUUAAAUCAAAUCCAGGGACAGAUUUUGUCUGGGGACAGAUUUGUAAAUCUGGGGACUGUCCCCGGGGACAUCUGGUAACCAUACAUUAUAAUGAAGGAUUCGGUAGGGUGAGACCAUGGGGAUCAGGAAAGGCUUUACUAAGUGAGGCAGUGAGGAUGAGAGGGAGCUAUCUUCUUGGGCAGGAGGCUGUCCCAGCACAGAGAACGAACCAUUUUUUUGGCCCUUGCAAGUCUUUUGAUCAAGUUUCUCCUGCAUUCCUACUUAUGGAACAAGAAGAACCCAAGGAGGAUAGCAGCUCAAGCGAAUGAUUGAAGGGCUUGCAAUCUGUUCAACAUUGCACCCGCAGUAGAUCAUCUCCUCUGUGACUGAAAUAAUGCAUAGUUAGCUCCUAAAUAAUCGGAGGAGUUGCCUUUUAUAAGGAGACUGAAGUGGGCUUUGUGACCAUGAAAUGCACUUCAUCAGGAAAGUGAACUCUUGACAAUUUCUGCUUAACUGAUGUUCCAGGGAAGCGCAUGAAUUUAGCUGAUAAAGGCAAUUCUUAUAAUUCACACCAUUCAUUUUCUGGCUGCUGACUAACUUUAUGCUGCUUCAGCUCAUGGAAUAGUAAUCACUGGAAAGUAGCCUGUGGUUUUUGGUGAGGCUUUUCUGAGUGGGAAGGGGGAUGGUGUUGCGAACAACAAGUGAGAAUAUUACCAGUUCAGCCAUGCUAUAUAAUUAGCACACAGGCUCCAGGUUAUGGGAUACAAGUGUCUCAAACCACAACUCCCAGCAGUGUAUCUUCGGCACUGCUCUGACUUUGCUCUUGUAGAAUCACAGAAUCUUAGAGUUGGAAGGGACCCAAGGGUCAUCUAGUCCAACCCCCUGCAAUGCAGGAAUCUCAGCUAAAGCAUCCAUGACAGAUGGCCAUCCAACCUCCGUUCAAAAACCUCCAAGGAAGGAGAGUCCACCACCUCUCGUGGGAGUCUGUUCCACUGCCGAAUGGCUCUUACUGUCAGAAAGUUUUUCCAUAUGAUUAGUCAAAUCUCCUUUCUUGUGACUUGAAGCCAUUGGUUCGAGUCCUACCCUCCAGAGCAGGAGAAAACAAGCAUGCUCCCUCUUCCAUGUGACAGCCUUUAAGAUAUUUAAGGUUGGCUAUCAUAUCUCCUCUCAGUCUCCUCUUUUCCACACUAAACAUACUCAGCUCCUUCAACCGUUCCUUAUAAGGCUUACUUUCCAGACCCUUGAUCAUCUUGGUUGCUCUCCUCUGCACACGUUCCAGCUUGUCAACAUCCUUCUUAAAUUGUGGUGCCCAGAAUUGGACACAGUAUUCCAGAUGUAGUCUGACCAAGGCAGAAUAGAGUGGUACUAUGACUACCCUUGAUCUGGGCAUACAGUACUUGCUUGUAUACAGUAGAGUACAAUCACCUUUUUUCAUUUUGCUGGCCAUGUCAUCCAUUUUGUGCUGGCAUCCACAAUUCUGUUGUCAAUAUAUGAGCACUGGUACCUCAUUUUUGAAGCUUAUAAAUAUUCAUAAACCUUAAAUAAAAAUGAACUCUACAAGUGGUGCUCCUAAACCAUGGCUUUUUCCUGCAAAAAGUAGAACUUGUACCCUGGAGUUCUUUCAUCGGCUCCCUCUGAUUUUCAUGUUUAAAGUAUUAUGCUGCUAGGGCAAUGAAGCUCACAAGCAGCUACAGAAGCACUUGAUAGGCUGCUCUCCAUAAGGUGGAAUGUGAUUGGCUCCAGAGGCAAUUUGGGGUCCAUAAAGUUCUCUUCAGAUGAAUGUGCUUCUGAUUACAGUGCCUUUUUCACCAACUAGAUCAGUAGACCGUAGCUAAGUGGUCCAUGUAUUACACCAUUAAGCUUUUGAAAGCUGCAUUUAAAUCAUUCUUUUGCCUAUAAAUCCUUCUUGUCUUCUCUAGGGUUGGAGAGGAAUUUAAAAGAGUGCUUUGCUUAGUUCUUCAUGUAAGCCUUUGCUGGCAGUAAGAAAAAAAAGUGCGAGGGAAUGAGAAGCUGGAGCCUGCAAGAAAGGGGAAGGCGAGAUCUGAUCUCUUACUCCACGGGGUGUGGAUAUGAGGGAUUUGCCCAAGAAAGGAUGCUAAGAAGGAAGUGUUGCGGAUUCCUCAUACUGUACCUUAUUGAUAUUGCUAUAUCAUGGAUUAGAUGUACUGUGCAGACAGAUUCUAUAUCUGUCAUCACAACAAUCCUUGGCAAUAAGUUCUUACUGACCUGGAACUAUGAGUUGUUUCACAUAUUCACACAGUUUGUGCAUUGGUUACUGCAAUGAACUGCAUGUGGGACUUCGGUUAGUGCAGAAUGCUGCAGCAAGAUUGCUGAAAGGAAUCAAACCUUGUUAGCCUUUCACACCUCUGCUCAGGGACCUGAACCAGUUGCCAGUUUACUACUGGGUCAAGUUCAAGGUGUUACUAUUAAUAUAUAAAGCCCUUAACAGUUUGGGACCGGUUUACUUGCAAGAUCACCUUUCCCCAUAUAUGCCCACUUGACUGCUUCAGUCUGAGGAACUGGCUAUGUUAGAGAUGACACAUCAUACCUGUUCCUCAUUUGUAAGAACCUGAUAUUUCAGUGUGGCAGUACCCACCCUUUGCAACUCCCUGUCUUUUGAGAUCAGGCAGCCACCUUCACUGUGCUCUUUUCAGAGCCUGCUAAAAACAUCUCGGGUGAACUUGCCUUCUUCCACUUGUGCAACAAUGGAUCAAAAUUAUGGUAGAAAACUCGAUGCAGAAUUACAAGAAAAUCAAACGACAUCUAAUACACCAUCAGCCAUGGAGGUUAAGCAUCAUUAAAAGAUAAGGCACUUUGGCUGGAAUGCUAAAAGGCCCUUAGGAUUUGGUUACAUAGCUGAGAAAUGCUCAAAGUUUAUCUGUUGAAACCACAGCUAAAUUUGCUUUUGAAGACAAUGGCCAUUUUCCACAAGGGACUGAAAUCAUGUUUCUGUUUUCCCUGUGUCUGUAAAUCAAAGGCAGACCUAUACACUGACUAGAAAGCUUUUGAAAUGACUUCUUUCUGUAAUGAGCCAUCCCAUAUUUUGUGUGCUGAGUCUGAUUUUCAUUUCAGUCAUGCCUGGAACCUAAUUUUGGAGUCCUCCUGAAGGCUUUCUCCUAGACAAAAGGAACAUAGCUUUUCUCCCCACCCCCCAUCAUCUUGCUUGUUGUUUCUACCAACCAUGAACACAGUAUGAAACAGUCUAGAGAAAUAUGUAGGUUCCCAAAGAGGAGACAGCAGUCUCCGGAAAAAAAAUUACAUAUCACUUGGAAAGACAGGCAAACUAAUGCCAGUGUACUAGAAGAAGCAAAGAUCACCAGUGUCAAAGCAAUGAUUCUUCAGCAUCAACUUUGUUGGACUGGUCAUGUUGUUUGGGUGCCUGAUUAUCGUCUUCCAAAGCAACUACUCUAUUCUGAAUUUAAAAAUGGAAAACAUAAUGCUGGUGGUCAACAAAAGAGGCUUAAAGACCCUCCCAAGGCAAAUCUAAGAAAAAUGUAGCAUAAACACCGACAACUAGGAAUCACUGGCCUGCGAGCGCUCAGUUGGAGAACAGCCCUUACCAAAGGUAUCAUAAACUUUGAAGACGCUUGAACUCCAGACUUGAACUCUCACACAUUCACACUAAGCCAUGGUUUGACUUAGCAUUGCAUGAGAAACCAGCUCAGCAUAUCCUUCUGGGUUCUAUCUAAUUGUUCAGUUAGCUAAAAUUGCCCCUUGAUUGCAUAAAGAUUUUUUUCUUUGUAAUAUUCUUCUUUGGCCAGCUCUUCAUAAGCCCUUGCCUCUUGCCCUCCUGUGCCUCGAUUAUUGGUCCAUUCAUCACCAGGAAAAUGGUCAACUUCCUGACACUUCAUCCUGAACAAUAUGUGCUGUGUGGCAGUGGUGACUGGACAGUUGCCCUUCUAUGCCCUCAAGCCUUGUUUUGGAAAAUAGAAUUUGAAUUCAAGAUUCCUCUAAUUUUGAAAGUAUGUAUGCCUUAUGUCUGCAUAACCCCUUGGGUUCCAAUGUUUACACUUUUCUAUCUUGCAUUAACAGCAUUUAGAAGUGAUGCAUUUGAGAAUAAAGAUGUCUGUAGUGUUAGCUGUGGAAAAACCCAGAGUUGAUCUUUCAGUCUAUCACAUUCUCUAUUGGAGUGCAGCAGUUGUGAGGACACACACAUACAUAGAGAUAAAUAUAACUGUGGCAAAAGCAGCAUAUAUAUAUAUAUUUAAAUACCCUUCUGUCUCAAGUAACCUGGUCCUGAACUGUGUAGAACUUGGCCCAGUAGCAGACUGAGUGCCAUUGCAAAUCCCACAAGCAAGGUGCUACAUGCUGUUAAUAGUUUGCCCCACAAGCAACCUAGCUGUGACGUUCUGUAUCAGCUGCAGCCUCCAAACCAACCCCAAAGGCAGCGGCACAUAGAGCAGAGUGCAGUAAUCCAAGUGUGAGGCCGGACAGCUGUGGUUGAGCUAUCUUGAUCCAGGAUUGGCUGUAGUUCUCUUACCAACCAAAGGUGGCAAAAGGCACAUCUAGCCACAUGUGCCUCCAGUGACAGAGCUGGCCCCCUCCUCCCCACCCAACUAGCAUGAAUCAGCCAUGAAAGACAAGGAUCCAAAGGUAACGUCAUUGGGCACAUACUCACAGGCACUCUGUCAAUGUCAUUAGGCUGCAAAACUUGAAACUGAUUGCAUAAAACAUGGCUUGAUGGAGCACUGGAAUUCUUGUUUGAGAAUGCAUCAGUCAUGGCAUCUAGCUAGCUACAGAGAUCGAUGACUUCAUCCUCAAAAUGCCUAGCAAGCAACUCUUGGAUGGUUUCUAAGGUGUCCUGGGUGCCAACCACUGAUAUGGAUGUCAACAGCAACAGACCACCCUGAUGAUCUCUGCUGGCCAUGUUCUCGAGGAAGCAGUGAAAUAGGCACAAUUAUGUGCUCUAGUCAUCUUCGUAGUGGGACUUCCGCCACCUGUGUUCUAGCCAUCAUCUGACUACUUGUUGUUGUUUAGUUGUUUGGUCGUGUCCGACUCUUCGUGACCCCAUGGACCAGAGCACGCCAGGCACUCCUGUCUUCCACUGCCUUCCGCAGUUUGGUCAAACUCAUGCUGGUAGCUUCGAGAACACUGUCCAACCAUCUCGUCCUCUGUCAUCCCCUUCUCCUUGUGCCCUCCAUCUUUCCCAACAUCAGGGUCUUUUCCAGGGAGUCUUCUCUUCUCAUGAGGUGGUCCUUCCAGUGAGCAUUCAGGGCUGAUUUCCUUAACAAUGGAUAGGUUUGAUCUUCUUGCAGUCCAUGGGACUCUCAAGAGUCUCCUCCAGCACCAUAAUUCAAAAGCAUCAAUUCUUCGGCGAUCAGCCUUCUUUAUGGUCCAGCUCUCACUUCCAUACAUCACUAAUGGGGAAACCAUAGCUUUAACUAUACGGACCUUUGUCGGCAAGGUGAUGUCUUUGCUUUUUAAGAUGCUGUCUAGCUUUGUCAUUGCUUUUCUCCCAAGAAGCAGGCGUCUUUUAAUUUCGUGACUGCUGUCACCAUCCAUCUGACUACUACUGACUUUUAAAUAUAUGUAGAGUUUUAAAUAUAUGCCAUCAUUUCUCCUUGCAGUUUAGGUUCUUCUUAUGUGGUGCUGCAUUUUGUUUGGCUUGUUUUAGAUCUUUGGAUAUUAUAUACUGGAGGGUGAUGCUCUUGCUGCCCAGCUUGAUGAAGAAAAUAUGGUUUUCCUGGUAUCCAAAAAGCAGCGGAUUUCAAAAGCAGGUAGGAUCUUUUAAUGUUCUCUCCCCUUAUUGAACUUCUGCAUAAUGUGUCAUCAGAUGUGGGCAGAACAAUAUAUUGCCCCUCCUCCUCUCCCAGUAAGCAACAUUAGCCCGCCCGCCGGGAAGUCAGAGUAGUGGCUCCACCCAUUCAGUGAACAGCUUCUGGUUGCAAAUCUAUACACACUUGCUGGAGAGAAAGCUCCAUGCACUCAGAAAUGUUUAUGUCUGAAUAGACCUGCCCAGGAUUGAACUGUGCCUGCUAUUAUAGGGUUCCUGUUAGACUCUUAUGUAAUUAAAGUAGAUUUCCCAAACAGUUCGUUGAUUUUCUUUUUUUUAAAUCACAGCAUUUCUGUUGUAACUCUGAGUUGCAUUUUUCUCCAGCCAAAAGACAACUAGCAAACUCCUCCAUUGGCAUCACCAAAGUCGCACCCAAGAAACUCCCUAUAUGAUCAUAUUGUUAAUAUAGCAGAAGUUCAAAAUCAGAGCAUGCUUUUUUAUAUUUAUAAAAGUAUGUUUUCAUAAGUCUCCAAAGAUGCCAUGUUGUACAUUUUUAAUGCAUUCUAUGGCUCUGCUGUAACCAUCUGUUCAUUUGUACUCACCUAUGAACUGCCCUUGACAAAAACUGCUUGUAAUUCUAUUGUAAAUGCCCUCACUGGUUUUUAGCCAUUACUUUUAUUUUAUUUUAUUUUAUUAUUUUAUUUUAUUUUAUUUAUUUUACAACAUUUACCGGUAUAUACCACUUACUCAACAGAAAGGCCCUAAGCAGGUCAGGAAGAACAAGAGAAAUUAUCUACUUAAAAUAAAGCAUUAAAAACAAGUUGGCAUAAAAGUUUAUAAAAACAUUUUUAAAAAAAAUCAGUUUAGUUCUCACUGAGUUGGUAUAUUUGCCUCUGGACUGUACCAUUUCUUUACAAGUAGGGAUGGGGGAGAAAUUCUAUUUGUUCAUGUUUAAAGGUGAAUCUCCCUAAUUUGCGCUUUCCAAAACAAUUACAUACGAUUUUGCAGUGUAGUCAUCCAGCAAUUAACAUGUACUAAAAUGCAUAUAUUUAGUGAAAACUGCAAAUUUCUAAAAUGAAUUAUAUUAGGGGAAAUUCCUCUGCAAAGACAUGUCUGUUAGGGAAAAUUCCAUAUAGAUGUGUAUCUCGCCUUGUUACUAAUUGUGUGCAUUACCUAAUUCCUAGAAGUUUUGUUGUUCAGAUUUUAGAAUGUAUUUUGUCUUUGGCAGGAGUCAAGAGACGUGAUGUAAUAAAGUGCAUAGUGAAAGUACCACAGCUGGAUUUUUUAGUAGUAGCAUCACAAAAAGGGAUGCUGUCCGUUUUCUCCAGCCAGGUAAUUUUUGAAGUAAACUAGAUUUGUUUUCUCUAUGGUACAGAGCACUUUCUAAUAUGAACAGCUAAUUACAAUUGUAAAUGCAUCUGCCCUUUGGUUAUAUAUGAGUGAGAUAGUCAAGCAAACGUCUGCCAUACAAGAGAUAUCUGGCUUCAGGUUCCUGAAAUACGUAUGCAUUUAAUACAAUUUUCAUAUUUUAUUCAGGCCCAAAUUCAAACAAAGUAAGAACAGGUCACUAGAAAGUGUUCUGUGGAAGCUUAAUUGAAGUAAAUGGCCAUUGCACAAACUGAAAAUGUGUUAUUGCCCAGGCCACCUUAGUUUGGAUGAUGCAUUAGUAGGAAAAGAAGCUCUUGGUAUAUUGUUUGCUUUCUCUUCCUUCUAAAACAUAAUGCACCCAUCCUUUCCCACUCAUUCAGACAAAGGCUUUCAGAAAAAUGAGUAGCACACACAGACAUUUAAUACAUAUUGUUCAAAAAAUUGUAUGACUUAGAAACCAGUUCUCAGGAUCCCAACACUCUAUCGUGACAAAGAUGAGAAUUAUGCAGGUAAAAAUUUAGGAUCAUCCAGAUAGGAGCAAGCUUGAUGGUCAAUGGCUGGGAUCUCCAGGAGCAGGUUCAGUCUGACAAGUUAAGCCAUUUCCACAGCAGGGUCCUCCAUUUCCUUCCUUGUUGAGAAUAGUAAAAGCCUGCAGCUGGGCAUUUUGGAAAAGGCUUUGACAAGGGGCAGCCAGCUCCAGCUUCACAUCUUUGUGGAGGGACCUGCUGGGAUGACAUAAGAAACUCUAAUGGAAUUUACAACAACGAUGUAACCAGAUUUUUUUUCAAAGUAUGUGAUGGAAACUGCUAAGAAUGUAAAACAUGGCAGUUCUACGUACCUGCUCCUUACCUGCUCCAGGUAAACCUAGAAGAAACAUCUGUGUCAGAAAUGGAGGGGCAAUUCAGUGCUGGCAAUAGUGAGCUAGGUAGACCAAUUAUCCAACUUGGGAGAAGGCAGCUUCUGUCAGAGGCUGGUCCAUUAGGGCAAAUGGGGCACUGCCCCACCAUCCUCAUUCUGCCCUCAAUCAGUCCCCACCUGCCUACCUUUUUGUUUAUAACCUGUCCAUGGGUGGCAAUGCCUUCCACCUUCUUCCUUUUGGGUCUCAGUUUUGCCCUUGCAGAGCGCAGAAGGGAGGAAAAUGUGGGCAAAAGCAGGAUUGGUUGGCUCCAUAUCUGCCCAUCAUGGGCUUAGGCACCACCCGCUGGUGGCCUCCCUUCCUUCCCAAUGGGAACUACCAUUGGAAGCUUCCCAUUUUCCUAAAACAGAAUAUUAGAGUACAGGAGUGCACAAACAUGGGAAUCAGUAUGACCACGCAUAAUUUGUGUGUGGAGGUCAUGUACAUAUUGGUAAGCUGGUGAAAACCCAUGUCUCAAAUUUUAUUAAAGAUUUUCUUGUUUUACAGAAGUAUGUGUAAUGUCUCUCAUAUUUUUUCCAUGUAACAUUUUAACAAAUCAGUUUCAUUUGUUGAGACAUUAGGAAGAAAAGGGGUGGAGGGGGGGAAGAUGGGUGGGGUCGGGUGGUGAUGUUUCUAUUUUGCUUAAUGUAUGUAGGGUUUGGUGUCAGCGUUGCUCGUGCAGGUUCUCUGCUGUUCAUUUGUGUUCCUUUGGUGGUGAGAGAGGUUGGGGUUGGCCCAGGGUGUGGUUGUUUGUUUGUGAUUGGCUAUGGUGAUCUUUGUUUUCGUGUGUGAGUGGGGUGGGUGGGUGUUUUGGAUCAGCCAUAUUGAUUUGUAUGCUGUUGGUGGAUUAUUGUCAUUGUCUUGUUGGGCUGUGGUGAUAAAGGGGAGCCAUACUGGAGUAAAGGCGUCUUCUUCUGUUUGUCCCCGUGUCAGUUUCAGUUUAUUUGUUAAUUUUUCUAGUAGGGCUGUUUCCCAUACUAUUUGGUACCAUUGGUCCAUGCUUACUCCUGACAGGUCUCUCCAGUGUCUGGUUAUGGUGUUUCUGGCUGCUGAAAGUAGGUGGGUUAUGAGUGCUUUGUGGUGUAAAUGGGAAUUGUUGUCUUGGAAGAUGUUGUCUCAAAAUAAUCAAUUCCAUAAAACGUUGGCAGUUACCACUUGUAUUUCAUCCUUUUUUCUUUCUUUUUUUGUAACCCGUUUAAGUGAGAUGUUGGAAGAGGGGGAAGAAAAGCUAUGCUAAUAAAUCUCCCAAGGAUGCAAGAUCCUUUGUUUAAAUGCAGCAGUAAACUACCCUGGCAGAAGGCACAAAUAUGAGGCUAUGUGCUGUUUAUUACCUUUAUACUUCUGUAGCUAUGCUUGUGCAAGUAGCCUAUGAAAUGUCGUGACUAUGCAGUAAUGCAGCAAAACACACCCAGGGUUUCAAUUUAAUUAGGACACAAUAUGCAUCAUAGGCGUGUACAAGAUAAUAAAAGAUCCUUGCAGGUGAUUAAACACUAAAGCAAGGCUGAGACAUUUGGGAACUACUGAAGGAAUGUGGGAGAAAACCUAUUCAGUAUCCCUGUACAUUAUAUGUCUUUCACAGUUCUACGAAGAACUGCUCUAAAAAAUAAUCCCCCUCAGAGAGCUCCCGGCUGCUACCUAAGAUUUUCCACUGAUGUCACAUUGACAUCAGUACUUCCAUUUCAUUUCCAAAGCUCAAAAAAAUAUUACCUUACUUUUUGAAAGCUCUGCAUGGAAAUUUUGAGUCACAUUAAUAUAACAGUCCCUGCUGUUGUGAAAACGGGAAUAGGGUAUGAGUGUGCCUACAUCUUUGGCAGGUUAUUAAGGAUAUAAUCACACACGAGAAUAAACCACUUGACUGAUAGCUCAGUUGGUUGGAGCGUGGUGCUGAUAAUGCCAAGGUUGCAGGUUCGAUCUCCAUAUGGGACAGGUGCAUAUUCAGGUUGGACUAGAUGCUCCCCGGGGUCCCUUCCAACUCUGAUUCUAUGACUGUGAAUGAGCAUUCUGACAAAUGGGAGGUUUCUCUUUGCAGUUUAAACCCAGUUGAAACAAGAGGCACUUGUGUGAAAAGUCCCUUAACAUUAUUUAUUAAAUUUGGAUGCCGCUUUUCAUCCAAAGACCACAGGACAGUUUACAACAUAAAACUACAAAAUGAAAAUACAAUACAGGGUGGCCCAAAAGUCGGUAUACUGCUUUAAAAUCUACUUUCUUUGUUUUUGACUCAAGCUCUCACCAUUCACAAUAUCAGUAAAGAAAAAUAAUCCAUUUAUUUAUUUAUUUAUUUAUUAGUAUUAUUAUGCCUACUUUUGGGCUACCCUGUAUACAUAACAACAACAACAACAACAAACCAACAAUCCCCAUCCCACAAACGCAUUUAAAAAGCCAUAGAUUGUUUAAUCAACCAAAGGCCCGGUUGUAAAGAGGCAGUCCUUGAGGUAUCAUGGUCCUGAGCUGUUUAAGGCUUUAUAGGUAAAAAACAGCACUUUGAAUUGGUCCUGGAAACUGAUUGGCAGCCACUGCAAUCAGGCCAAGUUUGGUGUUAUAUGCUCAACCCGUUUUGCCCCAGUGAGCAACCUGGCCCCUGAAUUCUGCACCAGCUGAAGUUUCUGAACCAUCUUCAGAGGCAGUCCCACAUAUAAUGCGUUGCAGUAAUCUAAUACAGAGCUUACUAGAGCAUAGGCAACAGACGUUAGGUUAUCCCUGUCCAAAUAGGAGCGCAGCUGGACCACCAGCUGAAGCUGAUGGAGGGCACUGUGCGCCACUAAGGCCACCUGAGCCUCAAGCAACAGCAGAGGAUUCAGAAGCUACAUACCUGCUUCUUCAGAGGGAGUGUAACCUCAUCAAGAGUAGGCAAACUCCCAUCCAGCCUAGGGAACUACCCACUGACAGUCUUAUCGGGAUGGAACAUCAGUUUGCUGGCUCUCAUCCAGUCCAUUACUGGGGUAAGACACCUCCACUGCCACACCUGCGGUUGUAAAGAAGUUCCUUGAUCAAAAUGUUUCCAGCAUCAAUGUGGACAUAGCUGAUCAUUUGACACAUUUGCUCAUGACAACAAACAUCUGGAGUACGAUGAAAUAACAGUGAAAAAUGCUUUGCCUUUUUAUUCUAGAAAUUAUCUCACCAUGAACAUUUACCCCCCAAAAAAAUAAUUUGAGAAAAUCAUUUUUUAAUGAGAUAAAGAGUUUACCGUCCACUUUUUAUGACUAAAAAAAUGAUCUUUAAAUUUCCUGUCUUCAGCAAGAUUCAGAAAAAUUCCCAUAUUAGGACUGCCUUUAAUCUCUGUAGUACCUCUAAGAGCAAUAUUUUUUUCUUGCACAAAACAGAAUAACAUUCAAAAUAACCGUUAAUAUGUCUCAACAUUUCUCUUUUUCUGCUUAAAUUGCCUUUUGUAGGCAAUCAUCAAUAAGUGCAUUUUUUUAAUAAAAAACAAAAAACCAAGCUCUUCCAUUUUAAAAAAUUAUCUUGAUGGUCUGAUGUGUUUUCAUGAGCAACUGUUCAGUUCAAAGCCUUUGACAUACUGCAAAUAUUUGAAUAUGCUUCAGGAAUGUUUGUCACAAACAAUACACAGGGAAAGCAAACCAAUGUCUUUGAUACUUUCAAGUACACCAGCCAAUUUUAUGAUCAACAACUUUGCUAUUGGGAAGUUUUUUUGGAAACCAGUUAAUAGAAAAUUUGCAGCCAUCUUCCAGUGCAGAUUUCUAAAAAUGAGCCAGUAAGUUAGACCCAUGUUCAGUUAUUUUUAAUAUCCUGUCUGUAUCAAAUUGAAAGAAAGGCAAGACAAAAAUCAAGCUCAUAUACAUAUAAGCAGUGCUUUUGGUGACAAUCCGCACUGGUAUAGAAUCCUGCCACCUCUUUUAAUGCUGCCCAUGGCAACCACCUCAUUUUUGGAUAUGGGCACCUCAUUUUGAACCCAAGGAAGCACUGUAUAUGAGACUGUGGCACUGUGAGUUUACUAAAACAAUGUCUGUGUGUGCUCUGCGUGGUUUUGAUUUUGUCGCAAACAUGCUCUAGCCACACAUGUUUUCUGAGAGCAGAGCAGAGGGAACUGUGACUGCAUCUCACACUUCCUUACCUGGUUCUUGAAAUGUUUACCUGGUUGCCACCAACCUGAGUUUAAAUAGUAUUAUUUUUCUUGCAACUGUAUCUCACUUACUUCCAUGAUUUUUUCAUUGAUUUUCCAGAUGAGGAUCCUGACGAGCACAAGCAUUCCCGUAAGUUGACUCUUUUUCUCAAAAAUUCAAUUACGAAUUAGACAUCAGUGAAGUGAAACAAGAACCUGUACAUGUUUGUAUUUGAAGCUCCCAUAUAAUUUUGCAUUGUGAACUACGCUGGGUUUGAUAGCUUCAUUAUUUCCUAUUCGAGUAUGAAAAUACUAUCUAUGGCAUGAUUAUCUUACAUAUUUAGGUCAAAAGAUGCAUUAAAAAGCUUAUUAAAAAGCUUGAAGGAGCGUCUCCACCCCCAUCGUUCUACCCAGAUACUGAGGUCCAGCACCGAGGGCCUUCUGGCGGUCCCAUUGCUACAAGAAGCCAAGUUACCGGGAACCAAGCAGAGGGCCUUCUUGGUAGUGGCACCUGCCCUGUGGAACGCCCUCCCACCAGAUGUCAAAGAGAAAAAUAACUACCAAACUUUUAGAAGACAUCUGAAGGCAGCCCUGUUUAGGGAAGCUUUUAAUGUUUAAUAGGUUAUUGUAAUUUACUGUUCUGUUGGAAACCGCCCAGAGUGGCUGGGGAAACCCAGCCAGAUGGGCGGGGUAUACAUAAUAAAUUAUUAUAUUAUAUAUUAUUAUGAUGUAAUUCAUGGAAUCAAACCUAUUUUUUGAGUCGUAAAUAAUGGCAAUAAGAUUACUUUGGUCAGUGUAAUAAGACCAAAGUAAUACAAUAAGUGCAAUAAGAUUACUUUGGUCAUCCAUCUUUAAUUUACAAAAAAAGCUUGGACAAAGCACUGACCACAUUUCUUGAAAACUUGAUUGUAUUCUGACAACAACUUCCUGCAGUUUAGGAAAGUGUGGCUGCAAUGUUACAUAUACUUCCUUGGGAGUAAGUCCGCUGAACAAUUCUGAGUAAACAUGCAAGUGACUUGUUCAAAGACUACCAAGUAGUUAUUUAUUAAAAAUCAUGGUACCAGUGAUGAAAGACUCUCUGCUUUUGUAUAUGGGGGGGGGGGGAGAGAGAAAUACAGAUCUGUGCAUUUACACACAUACAAACAAAGUUAUCUCAUUUUAAACAGUAUGAGUUAUGCAGCUGUGUUUCUUUUUUGUUACCAAAAUGCUAAGAAACCAAACUUAACUGAAAUGUACACAUAACUAUACAGGUAAUGUAGCUGCCAUAUUGUGUCAGGGCUAUUCCCGCUACUACAAAGGGAGUCCACCUUCGCAUCAUCCAUUCAUUCACCGUAUAGAUUUUCCCCAUCGCUACAAUGAAGAAUGCACUGCACAUUCCCUUUUAGAACACCUUUUUGCCAUUUUGGUUCAGAAAACCCAUCUAAACUACCACAAACUUUUGAUGCUAUGCUGCUAAUCCCGUUUGGAGAUAAUAGCCAUCUGAAGACAGAGAGAGGUUCCUUCAGAUUAGGUGCAUCAUUUAUCUGGGGACUAACUGCUGCCAGGUUGUUUGAAGAGAGUUGAGCUUGCUAGUUAGAGAUUAUUGUAUUUAAUGUCCAACAGCUGCUGCUGGCACAACAGUGAGUAAUAAAUCGAUUCAUUAGGAUAACUUCUCUUCUCUGCUCUUGAUUAUGAGGCAGCAUAAUUUUCUCUUCUGACUGCAUUCCCCAGGUGAUCAUAUUACUUGAACUAUGUUCUUAUUAUAAACAUUUUUCCCAUAGCAGGCCUGCCGGUUCCUUGCUGUACUCAUUUGGACACAAAUUAUAUAAUUCCUCCAUUGUAACUGAUUCUCUUUUAACAUAGUUAGAUCUGGUUCAUAAUCAUCACAGGCUGUAAACAGAACUUGAGGUUCUGCAAUAAUUUUGACAGCUAUAGCCUCUUAAAUUUAAUUUAGAAUCCAUUAGCGUUUCCAAUUGCUCUAUACAAAUAGCAGAGCAUAGGGCAAUAUAUCUUUGUGUAGCACCCACACACGAUAUGAAAUUAAUUUAUAGCUGUGUUGAGGCGCAGAAAUGUUAAAGGGUUUCCAUCAUAAUCGGAUGCAAGCAACUACAAAAUGUCUGAAACAGUCAACGUUUCAAUUUCAGCUUGAUUCUAGGGAUAUUGAAAAGCUAGGAUGCACAUGUACCGGUAAUCAACUAUGAAAUAUUAUUAUGAAAUAUUAACUAUGAAAUAAUAUAAAUUAUUAAAAUACUUUCACAUCUUUAUUCCACUGGCACAAUAUUUGUAAUUCCGUAAACACAACUUUAUCACCAAAUUCUGGCAAACUCAACUUUUACAUUUGUAGUUGAUACUUCGACUGUAAAUAUUCCUUGAAUUAUUCUUCUUUCCAUAAAUCAUUCCUAAGGAGACUUUCAGACAUAAAUUAAAGAUAAAGGUUGCAAACUAGCAAAGCGGUUGAUUCUGCCAACGUUUCUCUUUAACCAGGACACCUCCUGGAUCACUGGAUGUGAUUACCUGAGUCAGCUCAAGCGUGUUGUUGCUGUGACGGAAAGAACCAUUAUCAUCUGGGAUUAUAAAACACAGGGCACUGCCAUGGUAAGACACUGAGUCAUGCAAGUGUGUGUGUAUGUGCAUAUGCGUUUUGGGGGUAGGGGGACAAAACAAAAAUCCAAAGAAUGUUUUUUUGGUAUUGUGCUACAGUUUAACUGAACUAUUCUGCAUUCUUGUUAGCAUAUCUCAUACUGAAGCAUUAUAGCUAGUAAGCAGCUGUAUAGAGACUGGAGACUGGAUUCAGUUCCUACAUGCAGCAAAUAUCCUAUCAGAUCAUGAAGGGAUAUAAGCCUGGGCAAGAGAGCUGUAGCUUCUCUGUCCAAUUAGGACAAAAAUAGACUUGACAUGGGAAAUCUGUGAUUGGACAGUCUGGUAACUUUGGGGGGGUGUUAUUGUUAAAAGUAGUAGCAGGGGACUAGAUUGGGACUACAGCACUGGGGGUGAGGAUAAUUCUUCCUUACCAUUUCACUGUUUUAAAUGGCCCAGCUUCUGUUGGUCACAGCUUCUGUUGGUCACAGACAGGUACCCAAAGUGUCUGCUCUACCACUGUGCUACAGCACUUCACUUAACUCUCUCUCUCUCUCUCUCUCUCUCUCUCUCUCUCUCUCACACACACACACACACACACACACACAGAGAGACAUUCUUUUAUCAGGAUAGUUAUCAUAGUUUCUCCCAAAGCAUUCUGGAAAUCAUAGUUUGUUGAUAUUCCUGAGAAUUCUCCUGACAGGUCCCUAGUGUCCCCCUUAUAGAACUACAGUUCUCAGGUUAUUUAGUGGGGAGGGGGUCAAUAUUAAACCUGUUUCUUUAUGGCAUAAGUAUAACUCAGGGGUACAAACUACUUGUACAAACUACUCUCCUGGUAUGUCCCACAGAGGAACUUACGGUCUUCAAAUAAAAACAUCCUGAAGGUCCCAGGCCACAGAGAGGUUAGGCUGGCCUCAACUAGAGCCAGGGCUUUUUCGCCUGCGGCUCCAAUCUGGUGGAACGCUCUGUCACAAGAGACUAGGGCCCUGCGGGACUUGACAUCUUUCCACAGGGCCUGCAAGACGGAGCUGUUCUGCCAGGCCUUCGGUCGGGGUUCAGUCUGACUCCCUCUCCCCUUUCAUAAGAACUUGUAUGAAAGUGUCCUCCCAAUUUUUCUCACAGGCCCAUAUAAGUUCAGCACAAACAGUUGGGCCUGGUGAACAUUUAAGGUCCCCAACCCUAAUCUGCAGGUUGCCAUCUGAUUGGAUUUUAUUCUGAUCCUGAUCUGAUUUGAGGAUGGAUUUUAAUUGAUUGUCUGAUUUUAUGUUAAUGUGUUCUACAUUUGAUGUUAGCCGCUCUGAGCCUGGCUUCGGCUGGGGAGGGCGGGAUAUAAAUAAAAUUUAUUAUUAUUAUUAUUAUUAUUAUUAUUAUUAUUAUACUGAUUGUAAAGCACACGUUUUUGUGAAUGGCAUAUUAUCAAGUAUAUUUAUUUCAAAGGACAAGGCAAGCACAUCCUCCGUCCCCUUUAUUAUUUGUUUCCGCCAUUGAGCCACUAGCUGCUGAGAUAAAGGAGAAUCAAGAGAUUAAAGGGAUACAGAUAAAUAAAACAGCAAAAAAUAAAGCUCUACGCAGAUGAUACCGUGUUAACUCUAGCAAAUCCUAUGCAGUCUUCAACAGCACCAGAGAAACAAAUGUGGAAGUGUGGCUGCAUAUAAACAAAUAAAGCAAAAACAGAAAUUAUAGGAGUAGAUACUGGAAAGGAGGGGUGGGGGGAACAAAGGGAUAAUUUUGAUUUCCAUUGGUCUACUAAACUAGUGCAUUACCUAUAGAAUUACGUAACACAAGACCUUCAGGAAUGCUGCAAAAAUAACUAUGAAGAGUUAAUUAAGGAAUGUCAGUUGCUUUUGGCAGCAUGGCAGAAACUGAACCUGUUUGAAAAGGUUUGUGUACUACUUAGGCAUAUUUGACAAGCUAGGAUAUAUAUCUCACAGGUUGCAGCCAGGACUUUCGAACUAUCUUCUCACAUAAUUUUCUGAAUAGCAUCUUUAAGGCAAGAAUACUUAUUGGUGGAUUAAUAGAAUAAAUGCCAAAACAUCUAAUCGACAAUCUGCUUUAUUUCAUAGGACAAUUGUUUUAUCAUCAAACCCGUGGAACAUUGCGUUAUUUGUGUUUGUGCUGUUCAGCGACCAGCAGAACUACUAGUGAAGGAUGACAUCUUACUGGGGGAUGACGGGGGAUACGUAAAUAUGUAUACCAUGACCAGCGAUGACUUCGGCCUAAAGCAAUCUAAAGCUAAAAAGAAAGCACAAAUUAUGGUUAUCGAUUCUAGGAAAUUCAAAAGGUAAGUCCAGAUACUUUGACAAUUCUCAUUAUUGAGACUGAAAGUUAUUGUUUUUAAAUAGAGCCCAUGAUGGGAAGUUUCCACACUUCUUGACACAAAGAGAACAUAAAUAUUGUAUAGAACAGGCAUCCCCAAACUCGGCCCUCCAUCAUCCCUGACCACUGGUCCUGUUAGCUAGGGAUGAUGGGAGUUGUAGUCUCAAAACAGCUGGAGGGCUGAGUUUGGGGAUACCUGGUAUAGAACAAUGGGCCAGGUUUUCCUUGACAUCAGUAGGCUACGGUUAGAGCAAACCAUGAAGAAUCCCAUUUCAAAUUAUUUACUUGGUAUAGAGAUUAUAAUUUAUAUUCCAUUUGAGCUCAGUUUCUUAUAUAUGUAGAUAUAUGAAUUAGUAUUUUGUUUUAUCACUCCCAGCAUUAGACGCAAGCUACAUGAGGACUGGGUUGUGAAAGUCAAAUACUUUCCGGCCUUGAAUUGUUUUGGAUCCUGCUCUUUGGACAGUGUUCAUUCUUUGGUUUUGGAUGACCUGAGAAGACUUGAAGACAACACGUAAGUCCUUAUUGUACUAUAUAUUAUUUUCAUACAGAUAGUCACACGUAUGGGUUAAGUCAAAUUGAAAACUUUGAAGGAAUUGUGAGUUAUAUGAGCUGUGGGGUUUUUUUAAUGAAAUCAAAAUUAGUUAUCUAAAGCCUACCAAAGUGAUCUUUCAUACAACUAUCUUGCAAAUUAGGACGCACUGUUGGUCAGAAAUAUUGGUUUCUUUCUUGUACACCUUAGAAGUGACAUGAAAUUUCAUUCAGGUAGGUAGCCGUGUUGGUCUGAUGCAGUCGAAAUAAAUUUUAAAAAUUUAAAAAUGUCCAGUAGCACUUUAGAGACCAACUAAGUUUGUUCUGGGUAUAAGUUUUCGUGUGCAUGCACACUUCACAAAAGCUUAUACCCAGAACAAACUUAGUUGGUCUCCAAGGUGCUACUGGACAAUUUUUUAAUUUUUUAAUGAAAUUUCAUGUUUACAAUCUCAACAGUCAUUUAAAGAUUUUUGUCUUUUUAUAAUACUAAAGAAGAUAUAAAGGUAAAGGUAAAGGUACCCCUGCCCGUAAGGGCCAGUCUUGACAGACUCUAGGGUUGUGCGCUCAUCUCACUCUAGAGGCCGGGAGCCAGCGCUGUCCGCAGACACUUCCGGGUCACGUGGCCAGCAUGACAAGCUGCAUCUGGCGAGCCAGCGCAGCACACGGAACGCCGUUUACCUUCCCGCUAGUAAGCGGUCCCUAUUUAUCUACUUGCACCCGGGGGUUCUUUCGAACUGCUAGGUUGGCAGGCGCUGGGACCGAGCGACAGGAGCACACCCCGCCACGGGGAUUCGAACCGCCGACCUUUCAAUCGGCAAGUCCUAGGCAUAGGUAAUUCUCAGAAAAAAGCAAACAUCAGCAUUAACUAUCAUCCCCCCCCAAAUAUCAUUCAAACACACAAUGAAUACCAUAACAUUAUAAAGUUUAUACACACACACACACACACACACACAAUGUAGAGUCAAAUACAAAAAAGGGUUUGCUCCCACUACAUAGGACUAUAGGAAGUUGCCUAAUACCAAGACAAGCCUGUCAGGAGUGCAUGCAGGAGCCAGGCACUGUGACUGGUAGGGCUUUGCAGAACUGGGGCUUUCCUAAGUUUGUUCUGAAGAGGUAAGGCGCAGCUGCACAGGUGAAGCCGAUUGGUAACUCACAGCACCUGGUGGCAAGAGCCGGAAGGGGAUAUAAGGUCAGCAUUUCCCUUUGGCUCUUUGCCACAGCAACACACUUCCUGCCUUGCUGCGUUUGGCUUCUUGACUCCUUGCUUCCUGACCCUCGGACCCUUGGCUUCUGGACUCCUGGCUCUCUGACCCUCAGACCCUUGGCUUCCUGACUCCUGGCUUCCUAGCUCCUAUUGCUGCUCCCACCCCGCAGUCUUGCCCCCAGUCCCAACAUCCUCAGCCGGGACUUCGACCGCCAGUAAGCCGGACCGUGACAAAGCCAUUGGUUGAUCUAACUCAGUACUGUCUGCCCUAAUUGGCCGUGGCUCUCCAGGGUUGUAGGCAGGCUUCUUUCCCAGCCCUACCUGGAGGUGCUGGGGAUUGUACCACUGAGCUGUGGCCCUUCUUAUUAUUGAACGAAGGAGAAAUUAAGGAGCAAAGAAGGACAGAGCCUCUGCCCCAGCAAAGCCAGCAGAGCAGAAUACUUAUUUAUAUGGGGUUAUAGAGAUAAAACAAGGAGACAGAGUGAGAGCCAUAAGAGAAAGAACUGUGAGAAAGGGUUAGGUGUGGAAGGAUGUCUGAGCUUCCAGCCUUGGUGGCGAGCCCAGGGAUAGCAGACGGAAUUUACAAUUUAUAUUACUGAAGGGACUUUGUGAUGGGGGGGUCCUUUCCUCCCUGAGGGGUUGAGGACUCACCAGGCAGAACCUGGAGUAAGGAUCUGAUCCUGGCUCCGAGGGCUCCUUGGUGAUGUUUCGGGAACAAAAAACUGGACAAUUAUGUACUACUUUGGCUAAUGUUACUCAUUACUCCUUCCAUUUUGGAAGAGAGAACAGGCUACCACCCUUGCAUAAGACUUUAUAGCCUUAUUUAAUCAAAUGUUUUCUUGUCAUUGCAGACCUGUUAGGGAGUUCUCAGUACCAAGGGGAGUUAACGCUUUCACAUACUGUGGAAAAGCCAAUAUUGUUGUUACUGGGGGUAGGUAAAAAUGCCUUCAGUCUACUAAAUAAGUCUUGGUGAUCGUUUCCAAAAUUUCUCGGUUGCUAAAUAAUUGCAAUGUUAUUGCUGCUGCCUACAAAACAUAAAUUAUUAUUAUUAUUAUUAUUAUUAUUUCUAUAAUGCCCUCAUCCAAUGAUCCCAGGGUGUUCCACAACAUAAAAACACAAAAAUGCAUACUAUAACCACAAACAAAAACAAUACCUCCCACAGGUUAAAAGGCCACAGUUUGCUUAAGCAGCCAAAGGCCUGGGGGGAAGAGGAAUGUUUUUGCCUGGCUCCUAAAGAUAGAAGAAAAUUUUGGAUUUGAUAUCCCGCUUUAUCACUACCCUGAUGAGUCUCAAAGCGGCUAACAUUCUCCUUUCCCUUCCUCCCCCACAACAAACACUCUGUGAGGUGAGUGAGGCUGAGAGACUUCAGAGAAAUGUGACUAGCCCAAGGUCACCCAGCAGCUGCAUGUGGAGGAGCUGAGACACGAACCCGGUUCCCCAGAUUAUGAGUCUACUGUUCUUAACCACUACACCACACUGGCUCUCAAAGGCACUUGGUGAGCCUCCUUGGGGAGAGCAUUCCACAAGUGCGGAGCCACCACAGAAAAGGCCUGUUCUCAUGUUGCCUGACCAAUGCCUCACUCGGUAUAAGGCUACUUCCUGUCUUCCUGUGCUCCAUCCUGACAACAAUGUACCAGCUGCAAUUUACAUCAGUCUCUGGAUGAAGUAGCAGCAUCAAGGCAAUCCUGCCAUAUUCUAACGUGAGGAAGAAGCAGACGGUAGACAUAGUCUUCCUGUAUAACAUCAUUUCAGACUGUUGGUGUUUCUCCUAGUUUCAUGUUUCAUGCCUGGGAUGACGUACUGUAGGUUUGUUAUAGAGAAAGUGAAAUAAUCAUCUCAAAUUGCAGGUGGAACACCUAGGCUUUGCUAGGUUAGUAUUCAGCAUCACAAUGAGCCUCCAGUUGUUCAGAUCAGCAGUGUUGUUUGUUGAACAGCAGUGAGCAUGUGGAAUAAUUGACAAGAAAUACCAUAUUGGCCUGAAUAUAAGCCGCACCCGAAUAUAAGCCGCACCUUUAAAAUUGGAGGGAGGGGGGAGAAUAAAGAAAAAAUACACAAAUAUAAGCCACUCCAUUCCAGGCUGCAUAUGGGCGGGGGGGGGGGGGGAGCCGCGCUGCAUUGCCAGCGGCCUUUCCCCUUCCUCGCUGUCUCCCUUCCUGGCCUUGAGGAAGAGGAUGGAGGACUAUGCGCGGGGCGCUGUUUGCUCCUGGCUGCAUACUGUAAGGUCGCAAAUAUAAGCCGCACUUUAACUUUUCAUGGUCAGAAUUGGGGGGGAAAGUGAGGCUUAUAUUCAGGCCAAUACGGUAUGUCUAAAACUGAGCACAUUUGGGUCCAGCUAUAGCACUACUCUAUGAAUCUCAAUCAGCAGAGAAAAAUAAAAAUGUCUGAUGCUAAAUAUAGCUAGGUUACCGAUAUCCUCUUAUUGAUUAGCAGAGAGAGUGUGGCUAAAAUAUUCAACAUCUUAUUCCCUGUAAAAUAAAAAUUGACAUCCUAGCAAUAUUUUUUACUGAAUUACACAAACAUUUGCUGAAUGCAUUGAUCAUGCAACUAAAACAAGAACUUAUUUAAGAAAUGAGUCAGCUGCUCCUAAAUACUAAUACUUGGGACUAAAAGCAAUUUAUAUUUAGUAUUAAUUGCUAGGCUGUCCAUGGCUGUUGCCGUACAGUUCUAAUAAAGUGCUGUCAAGUCUUGCCUGUCAGUGGAAUAAUGUUGUUUUAAAUCAUUUGAAAAACUAAGUUAUAACUCAGUAAACCUUUGCUGAUAAAACUGUCUUUUCAUCAUUUUGCUCAGAAGUAUUGGAAGAAGGUUGAACAGAGAGUGUAUUCUUUUAUUGCUCAUCAUUCAUGUCAACAUAAUUCUUAGAAGUCAUAAAUUUAAUGAAUGCUGCAGAUGUCUAGCUGCCUUCAAAUCCUUUUUAUACAUUGUUACGCAGCUCAAAGUCUGCCUAACACUUUCUCCGAGCCAGUUCUAUAGCACAUGCUGUUUUUUGACAAAUACAGGGAACUAUGUAAUUGCUUAUGAUUUUUUUCCAUUCACACCUACCCACACCUGAUCGUCACACUGUUCUCUGUUUGAGGGACAGCUGCUUCCAUGUGUCAUCAUCAACACCACCAAAAAAGCAUCCCUACUGCCUGCCUGCUGGGCUGACAUUUUAGAUGAAAGAUGCAUAAGAAAUAACAGAGCUUUAUUCUUGGAACUCAAAGAAGUUUCAAUGGAAGUUGAGUGCAGUCUUAUGCCUAGUCACGGAGACAUAAUAGUGAUACAAAACAACCUUUUUAACUUUGUGCCUUCCCCAUGCUUUGAACUACAGCCACCAUCAUCUCUGACUAUUGGCCAUGCUAGCUGGGGCUGAUGGGAGUUGGAGUCCCAAAAACCUCUGGAGGGCACAAGGUAGAAAAAGGCUGGUAUAAGCCUUUCUCAGGUUAUUCAUCAAAACAUGGUGGCUGCUUCCUUACCCUAGGGACAGUAAUGGGAAAGUAGAAGAAGAUGAAUGGUUUGGAAAAACUAGCAUUAUGCUAGACCUCCUUGAUUUUUUCUUUAAAAUGCAAGGCGUGCAUCUGUAAAGACUGACAGCAGGUUUUCCUUUUCAAGUACAUGUAUUGUAAUUGGCUUCCCAAACACAUGGCUGGGAAAUGAAGCACAGCCCCUUGCCGUAAAGGCUAACAGCAAAGAUGCUGAAGCCAGAGCCUAUCCAGGUGCUAAAUAAAUCAUUUUAAAAUUGCGUUACUGAAACAUUUCAGUAAACCAGCCACCCCCGUCUAAAAUAGCUAGUCACAAAGUAUUAGUUUGAGCAAUUUAUACAUUCUUUGGUUACCUGCUUUCUGGAUGUGCCUGUUUUUUUCAACAGAGGAUCAAUCGGUCCUAGUCAGAACAGGCUGACACUGUGAUAAGGUGUCAGGAACAGAGCAUGGUUCCUUAAAACCUCUGCAGUCACUAUCAGGGUAGCAGUUGCUCCCCCUAAAAAAGAUGGGAGGAAGAAGAAGAGUUUGGAUUUGGUAUCCCACUUCAUCAUUACCCGAAGGAGUCUCAAAGCGGCUAACAUUCUCCUUCCCCUUCUUCCCCCACAACAAACACUCUGUGAGGUGAGUAGGGCUGGGAGACUUCAAAGAAGUGUGACUAGCCCAAGGUCACCCAGCUGCUGCAUGUGGAGGAGCGGAGACGCGAACCCGGUUCCCCAGAAUACAAGUCAACUGCUCUUAACCACUACACCACACUGGCUCUUGUUAAGUUCAAAGGAAUCAUAUGCAUGGGAGAAGGAUACCAGAUCUGCAUGAAACAUGAUGAAUAGAGACUCCGGUGUCACGGGGUGGUAGUCAACUAAGUUUUACUCAGAGAAGGCCCACUGAAAUUAAUGGAUCCUUAGUCAUGCUAGCCACAUGACCCGGAAGCUGUACGUCGGCUCCCUCAGCCAAUAAAGCGAGAUGAGCGCCGCAACCCCAGAGUCGGCCACGACUGGACCUAAUGGUCAGGGGUCCCUUUACCUUAACCCUAAUUUCAGUGGGUCUCUUUGGGAUAUUCUUCUCUCUAUUGCUCUGAUAUGCCUUGAGUUUGACUGAAGAUGGUAUGUGCUUCCAUUCAAGAAGCGACAGGGGUCUGUUCCAUCUGGCAUGUCUCCACGCCAAGGCAAAUGUGCAGUGGGUUCUCAUCCAAGAGAUGUUGUUUGCAGAUGACGCAGCCUUCACAGCACACUCUGAGGAAGCUCUACAGAGACUCAUCAACCACUUUGCCCAAGCCUGCUUGGAGUUUGGCCUCACCAUCAGCCUGAUGAAGACCAACAUCUUGGCUCAUGAUAUUGCCAGCACUCCACACAGCAGCAUGGGUGACCACACGCUUAAGGUGGUUGACAAUUUUGUCUACCUGGGCUGUAGCAUAACCAGCAACUUCCAUUGACACUGAGCUGUACAAGCAUAUUGGCAAGGGAGUGAAGGCAAUGGCUCAUCUUUCCAAAAGGGUAUGGAGGAAUGUGAUGCUAACAACUCCCAAGAUGAAGAUCUACCAGGCUUGUGUGCUGAGCAUGCUGCUUUAUGGAAAUGAGUCAUAGGCAAUGACUCACUACCCGCCAGGAGCAACGCCUCAAUGCCUUCCGUAUGUGCUGCAUCAGGAAGAUUUUGGGCAGCACAUGGUAGGACAGAGUCUCAAACAAAGAUGUGCUCUUCCAAGCUCACAUUCCCAGUAUGUUCGCACUUAUGUCUCAGAGAUGUCUAAGCUGGCUUGGUCAUGUACACAGAGUGGCAGAUGGCAGGAUCCCCAAGGAUGUGCUUUACGGGAAGUUGGCUUGAGGCACCAUGCCUGUUGGCAGAUCAACUCUGCUAUAAAGAUGUCUGCAAAUGUGAAAUGAAGGCAACACCAACCUUGCCGUGGAAAUUCCUUGCAGAUGACCGCAGUGCCUGGAGACAGUCAGGUUGUGUGUCCACAUCAAUGGCCACAGGAGGAAUGACUUCUGGGAGUAGCCCAGAGAGAAGAAAUGCUAUGGUGCAUCCAUAACAGCAAAACUGGAUGCCUUCAUUUGCCCCAGCUGCAAUAAGAUAUGUCUCUACUGUAUCAGUCUCAGCAGCUACAGCUGGCACUGUAACUCUCCAACAGUUUGACUUAACCCUCAGUGGUGGACUCUUCCAUUGUCCCUCAAGAGCAAUGGAGGCCAACAACUAACUCUGCAUAAUAUUUAGAAGAAAACCACCCAGAGUGGCACUGCACAAUCUGUGACUGUGCUGGUCAGACACGUAACACCUACUACAAAGGUGCUUAAUAUACAGUUAUCUAAGCAGGAAUAAGGACAUAGAGAGGAAACAGAAUUCUCCCCUCCCCCCAUUAGACCAGUUAGCUAAGAAUUCCCAUGUGGUACUUGCAAUAUCAACACAGUAUUACAUGCAGCUACAGAAGAAAGUAAUACAAAUCCCACAAAUUUGCUUCUGACAGGCUAAUAGCUCAAACAAACACGGACAGACAAUGAGCUUUCCCACUCUCCAAAAUGGAGGUUACAUCUUAAAAUGGCAACAUGUUGGUUUGAGAUGCAUAGAAAAAAUAAUAACCAUACAAGUGUAAGCUGCUAAAUGAUAUGGUAAUAAUAAUAAUCUCAUAUCAUGUACCAGUCUGUGAUGAUGAUGAUGAUAAUAAUAACAACAACAACAACAAUACCACAGUAUAUUAAUAACUCUACCAGUUUUGAGUUGUUUUGCAGCCCAGGUAACAGGCUCACUGGUCCAUUCCUUUCUCCAGGAGAUGAUAAAAUUCUUCGUUUGUGGCAUCCUAACAUCAAUACAAAGCCAGUGGGGAAGCUGAUGGGACAUUUAUUUAGCAUAACAGAGAUUGUCACCAAUGAAAAGGACCAGCACAUUAUUAGCCUUUCGACUGCAAAGGUAAACUACUUUUUCACUGUAUCUUACUGAGCAGUGGCGUAGCGUGGGUUGUCAGCACCCGGGGCAAGACAAGUAAUUUGCGCCCCCUAACCCGGUAGGGGCAGAGAGCUGCGAGUGCGAGCGCGCCCCCCCAGAUGUUGCGCCUGGUGCAGCCGGCCCCCCUGCACCCCCCACGCUACGCCACUGUUACUGAGAGAAGCUGCUGCUUUCUCCUCUCAUCAGUCAGUAAAAAUUAUAGAUGAUAGAUAGAUAGAUAAAUAGAUAGAUAGAUAGAUAGAUAGAUAGAUAGAUAGAUAGAUAGAUAGAUGAGACAACCCACAAUUUUUCCUUUGAGGGAUCUUCUGCAUUCUAGUUCAUAUAGAUAUAGGCGGUGCUUUUUUUCUUUUAAAAAAUGGUCAGGGGUACUCUCAUUUUCCUACUCGUAUUGAAAUACUGCACUUCAAUAAGGCCAAACUUAGAUUCACAAAAUGUUUAGGGGUAUGUGUGCCCCUGCGUCCCCCCAAGAAAAAAAGCACUGGAUAUAGGAGGUAGUCAGCUGUACAGUGCAUUAGUCCAAAACUACUCUUUUCAAUGUUUCCCCGAAGUCUCUAUUUAAAUCCCUUUCCCCCAAUCAAAAUGUUGAAUAUAUCGGAAAAGUCCAGGGAAGCAGUCUAUAAGCAUAUAGGAAAUGGCUGCAUGAAGAAAGGGAUACUAUAGAAAAUCUUGUUAGCAUAUAUCCAUUUGCAAAUAGUGAAAUUGUUUAUUUAUCCGGCAUUUCUAAAAAGAAUCUGCAUUAACAUCAUGGUGACUCCAAUACUUUCUUUCCUCUUUCUUUAGUCCCAAAAGGAUUUAAUGUAGUGUAGAGUCUGGUAUGACCUAGCCAUGAGUUUGAAUUUCUCUGGAGACUUCAGAGAAAAAGUAAACAAACAAACAAACAAAGCACAAUCAGUGCAAUCUUGAUCCUUUCUGAGUUUUGCACAUAUAUUUUUCACUCUUGAUACUUGUACUGGAAUAUAACUCUUAAAAAGAGUAUUAGAAUAUAAGUUUAUAGUGUUGUGAGUUUGGGGGGAGUAGGCUGUAUGCCAAGACCCUUCUAAUGCCUGAGCCCCACUUCUAAUUCUUGGAAUAGCUUCCCGGUAAAGGGAUAGCCUGGGUGAUGGGCCAUUAAGGGGAACAAAGGAAGUGGAUCUGUGCAAGAUGGCAAAAAGGUGGAGGCCCUUCCCCCAGCUGGUGGGUAGUUAGAAAGACAAAGUCUGAGAGCCGAGAACUGGAGUGAUGUGAGGUAGGAGCAAUGCUUUUUUCUGAGUUUGCUCAAGGGUACACAGUACUGGCACCCUUUUCCCCAAAUGUUAAAAGUGUAGCACUUACUGUAAGUACUUCAUGGUGAGUACUAUGAAGUCAAUUUCUUUUUAAAAAAAUGCACUGGGUAGAAGGAAAGCUGCAAGCUGGGAAGUGAGAGAGUCGAGCAGUGUUUCUUAAUAUAUUAAUAUAAUAAUAAUAAUUAUAAUAUAAUAUAAAUCAUAAUAAAUUAAUAAUAAAAAUAUAGCAAUAUAGCUGCCAGGUGUAGCAAGGAGAUACAUCUUACUAUAUCCCUAUAGUAUCAAAAGGGUAUUUUCUGUUUUCCCAUCAGCCUACCAUUGCGUGAAUGAGCUCUUGGCAAGCCCAGCCAGAGUCCACUGUAUUCUUUGUUUGUAUCAAGGCAAAACAAAAGCCUUCUGGAAACUAUUAGAGGGAAUUAAGAAGACUUAGUGUUGAUGAUGCAAGCGCAACACCCGAGUGGGGAACUGAGUUCCAGUAUCUGCUUCCCUACUUAUGUUCCAUUCACUACCUGCUGUGACUCUGCUCUCCUGAGCUUGAAGAACAGCAGCAUUCCUUGUCAGAUUAUGGCUGCGAAUUAAUUUGGCCUGAUAAAGCUGAUAAAACGGGGGGGCGGGGGGAGUAAUUAAAUCAAUUAAAAGUGUGUAAUUGAACAAACCAGAGGAAAUGUGAGGUUGGCCACAAUUCAAACAGCUCACAUCCAGAAAUGAAGAGGCAUGGCGAAUGGUCUCAGCCCUUGAAAUGUCAGUACAUUAUGUUAUCUGCAUCCCUCUCUCCUGAGUGGUGAGAGGUUUUGAAGAUUACCUGAGAUGGUGGUAUCAUUGUGAUGUAUGGUUUUAUUUACACAUUUACACAAGCUGAGUAUAAGAUGGUAGGGCUCACAGCAUUAAAACUCCAGCAGAUCAUGCUCUCCUAUUAGGUUUUUGGGGGGACUGGAGCAAAGCCAUGCUUUUGAACUUGACGCAGAGAGGAAGCCAAGCUUAGGUGUCUUCCCAGCUCGAAAUGAGACUGGGCCAGAUUAUCUGUGGUCUAAAAACAGAUGGAAACAACUUAGGGAAAAUCCAUUAAGACAACCAUUUGAUGAAGACAUCAUGUGGCUGCCCCAUAUCAGUGAGCAAAGUGCAACAAUUCCACAUUAAGUUUCCAAGGGUGCUUCCAGAGGAUCUAUAUACUGGGCAAUCAUCCUGAUUUUUUUACAGGGAGAUUAGACAAUGUUGGCUAUUUAAUAAGUAUUCUGAGUUGUUUGCAAGAAGGUUUGUUGAUGUUGCAUCAGAGCAAGUUCUCAUUCUACGCAGUGCAUUUUCUCAUUAUUUUCCUUUUUGCAAAGUCUGAUACCUGUGCAUUUUUUUUAUGGUCCAAAAUGCAGAACUUUGCGUUUGUCCUUGUUGAAUGGCUUGGGGGGGGGAGAUCCAGCUCAGUUUUCUACUUUAUCAAGAUCAUUUUGAAUUCUAUUCUUGCCUUUUGAGUGUUAGGUUUCUUCACACUUUUGUAACCUUCACAAAUUUGAUAAAGAUUCUAUCCGCUUCUUCAUCCAAGUCAUUGAUGAACAUGUCAAAGAGCAUCAAUCCCAGCCCUGAAGGAUCCCACUUGAAGCCUCCCAAAAUUUGACAAUGAACUAUUGAUAAGCGCUCUUUUUCUAACCAAGAUACAGUGCAGAACUUUGUCAGAUCCUUCGCUUAAAUCAAGAUAAAACUGUGUCCACAACAUUCCCAUACCCACUUACUUAGUAACCUAAUCAGAAAAAGAGAUUAUUAUUAUUAUUAUAUUUUAUUUGUACCCCACCCAUCUGGGCAGCUUCCAACAAAUAUAAAAACAUAAUCACUUCCAUUCAUAAACAUCAUAAAUACUUUCAGGGUGUCAUGUUAUAAAUGUUACUAUUCUAGACGGUAUAGUUGUAAUGUUGCAAAAGUCUGACUUUUGUAAGCCAUAUCCACAAUUUAUUUUAAAAUACUCAGCUUCACUCAGUUUCUUCUGGUUUAGCCGGAUUCCAGCCAAGUGGCCUUUGUUCACAUUGUCCAACGCUAUCCAUUGAAAUGACAUUGCAAAUUAGACAGAUGUUUCCCAUAGUGCACUGGGCUCAGCAGGCUGCUUCUACUCACGGAGAGGUUCUUUGUCGAGAGCAAGCAGCAGAGUGCUGUGGGUUUAAAUAGAAAGCUGUGGGGCCCAUCUGUGAAUACAAAUCUUUGAUAAAGGCUUACUGAAUAUAGCCAUUCUUCUCCAACCCCCACCCCAUUGCUCUCUGGAUGGAAGACUGACGUACAUUUUAUAAUGGAGACUCAGUCGCAAUAAAUAGGGUGUGAACUGUAAGAACAAUCACAGCAAAAUGCACUGUUUGAACAAAUUCUAGAUUAUUUCCUAUAUACAUCUGGCACUUCGGCCUAGAAAAGAAAAUGGACUGAAAUGGGUCAAGUGGUGAAAAUGUACAUUUUUGUUUUUACAUAUUGGUUUUGUUCAAAGUAGCAGCAGGGAGCAACCUUUGUCAUGUUGCAUGAAAAUGGGGCAACGCGAUCCACCAUUUUUUCCCUAUUGCACUCAAGGAACAAGACCUACAGCAGGCAUAGGCAAACUCGGCCCUCUAGCUGUCUACAACUCCCAUCAUCCCUAGCUAGCAGGACCAGUGGUCAGGGAUGAUGGGCGUUGUAGUCCCAAAACAUCUGGAGGGCCGAGUUUGCCUAUUCCUGACCUACAGUGUAUAGGAUGUCAACUUUAAGCAUGUAUUUCACUAUCUCCUUGAUUUUUACAUAUAAUCCAGAGCAAGACUUUACAUACAUACAUCAUUUUAUUUGUAUGCCACCUUCCCAUUUAAAGCCAUGCUCAAGGCAGCUUUCAGCAUGGGGCGGGGGGGAACCUAAUUACAAACAUAAGUAGUCAGACAACAAAUUAAGCAUCAAAAAUACAAAACUAAAUUGAUCAAUUUCCACAUAAAUCAUAAUAAGAUACAAAUAUAUAUAUAUAUAAUCAGUAGCAGCAGCAACCCUGCCUCCCUCUCUUUACAGAGAGACUCCCAACAACUCUUAAGAAAUUCAUUAUGGUUGGAGGUCUCAGGAAACUGCCCAAGUGGUGUCUGUUUUUACAUUUGCCAACUGAAGAAACAAAAUGAGAUUUGGGCUCCUUCCCCUAAUACUGGCAGCCCCUUUCUGCUACUACUUGACUAAAUAUUAAAGCCAUUUCCAUAUAUUAACAAAUUAAAACCAGCAAAAUAGAAUUCUGAACAGAGCCAUGUGAUAUUCAGACUGUAAUACUAGACACAGAGGCUCCACUGAACAGUGAUCCACUCCAUGUUUUCCAGUUGUGUAACAUACUAGAAUCUGGAGCCCUUCAAACCCAGGACUCAGGCCCCAUCUGCACUAUACAUUGAAUGCUGUGUCCUACCAUUUUAACAACCAUGGCUUCCUCAAAAGAAUCCUGGGAACUGUAGUUUGUUAAGGGUGCUGAGAGUUUUCAGGAGACCUCUAUUCCCUUCACAGAGUUAGAACUUUCAGAGUAGUUUAACAAUCCAUCCCUUGUCCUAGGGGACUUUGCUUUAAGUGUAUAGUGCCUCAGUCUCCUCUCUCUCUUCCCCUACCAGGGAAGCUGUCUUGCUAUUAGACAGCUAUGAAAGAGUCUAGGAGGCCUCACUUUUGACUAAAGUCAUUUUAAUGAAACCAUGAUCUGCCCUGAGCACUGUCCUUGUCUGUUUUUUUCUGGGGCCCUUGGAGUCUUACACAAAAUGGGACUUACUGAGAAAACAUGCAAAGAAUUACACCCUCUGAUUAUUUAAAAUGGCUCUGCUUCAAAUCUGAACAAUACAGUAGCACAGCCAAAUUCCAUCCAUUCCCUACGUAGCCGAGAGCCAACUGAACGGGAGAAACAUUCUGUGAGAAAAGUAACCCAGAUAUGAAAGCAGUAUCCUCCAGGAAUAGCUUUCAGUGUCACAGUUGUUUAGCUAGCCUGUAAUUUUCAUUUUUACUCGCAUUAAGGUCUCCAUAGACUUCUUGAAUUGUGUAAGUGGACUACAGUGCUAUCAGAAAGGCUGUAAAAUCCACAGUCAAAACACUGGUGAAAGCCAGACAAUUUUCAUGUAAUGCCUAAUAAUAAUAUUCAAGCUACAGUUCUGAUGGUAUCUCAUCCCACGGAGAUUAAUGCGACUUGAUCACUGUUCAAAAUGUCAGUCUCCAGGAUCAGAUGCCUUCAUAUUCUUUACCUAUAUUCAGUUAUUGUAGCAGCCUGUUGGGAAAAGAUCUUAACUGAAAUGUUUGGUUAUGACAGUCCAUAUAACUCAAAGAAUGUUCUUUAGGGAUUUUUAAGAGGCACAGCGUUAGAGCUAGUUCUCAUCCUGAAGCAAAGUUCUUAACCUGAAGCACUAUUUCUGAGUUAGCGGAGUCUGUAACCUGAAGCGUAUGUAACCUGAAGCAUGUGUAACCUGAGGUACCACUGUAUGCAUGGAUUCAUAGUUUUCAGUUUCAAAAGCCAGCACUCACAUGGCAGUCUACAUGCAGAUGCAUGACAGGGUCAUUUGUUACUUUGCCCAGGCAAGUUCCCUAAUUUGUCAGAACUUAGAAUAGCGCUGUUCGCUAUAAAUAAAAGCCUUCCCCCAAAGCGGUUUGUCGCUGGUCACCUCCAAAAGUCCCGAGCAAAUGUGCUGGAAUUUCUCAGCUGCUCAUUGUGCCUGACCUCACGCAGCCAUGCGUGUGUGUACAUUGUUACAUGCACAGUGGUGACGCUGACUCCCCAGCCCGCUUGCAGCAAACUGUGUCAAAGUUACUCAUGUUUAAACUUGUCGCUUGCAUAAUUGCUGCUGCUCAUGCCCACAGGACAAGGAAAAAGAUCAAGGUGAAAGUGUUUGUUCCUGUCUCUCUCUGUAGGAGCUUUGGGACUUACCUAUGAAAUGGCAACUUUCUCUUCUGAAUGGCAAAGGAAUAGUGUGCCCGUCAAAUAUCACGUAAUGAGCUCAAAGUGCUAUAUUAUUUAUCCCUUGCCAAAUAAUUUAUGGCAAACUAUCAUGCCUUCCAUGGAAAAGCAUUGUGUAAGACCAAAUUUUCUAAACUCAUAAUGGAAUUCUGUUCAUACAAUCCUGAAGUUUAGAAAAUUGUGUAUACAUGGCCAUCGGGUGCGAGACCCAGAAAAGUUUUGCAUUGCAGAUUUGUAGGGCCAAGAUUAGAUAUUUAGACUUCCUAUUGUUACGCCAACCCCCAAUCUCUUUUGAGCAGUGUACAAGCUUCUAGGGGAUUCCAGGCACUCACCCUGGGUUCUGUUUCCAUUGGAAAUCAAGACACGGCAGAGACUGUAGUGACUUUAAGAUAUAAUAUGGCUUAUUCAUAUAUAUAUACAACCUGAGCGUAAGUGGAGUGAGUUGCACAUCUUACAGCAUUGUCUUCUCAAGGGUGUCUCUCCCUGCUUCUCUUAUGGCUUCUGCCAGCUGGAGUCCAGAGCAGCCAGCCAUACUCCCAAGUCUCUGGGCUGCUGCCUUCCCAGCCAGCAGCCAAGAUGGUUCUGGCGCUCCAGCCCCCACUUGGAGUGCUGGCCUGACUUCCUUUCUUCUUCCUAGAAAACCCUGCCAAAACCCGAAGCUCCUUCCUGUCACCUCACACCCCUCCUGGCCACCUUGGUAACCUCUGUUUUACCAAGACCUGGGAGAUUCCUCUUGAGGUGACCUCUGCUUCUUGUUUCAUAAUGAGCUACAUUCAGCCAGUCUAGUCCGGCUAGUGAGCAUAGGAGAACUGCUGCAGCCUGUAUUUUCCUUUCAAUGUCCCAAAUAUUAUCUCAACACUACCAUUUCUUGAUUUCUACUAUUCACUAAUAAACUCUGGCACUCCAAAUCUGUAACACUAGAAUAGAAAAAUGCAUUGUAAAUCCUGCACAAAAAACCUACUUUCUAAAAAAGCUAAAUCAAAACUCUAAAGCACGGAUCAUAUGGCACUUGCUAAGGAGUAAGGCUGCAACCCUAUACACCGGGGUAGUCAACCUUUUUAUACCUACCCACCCACUAAUGCAUCUUUCUUGUUGGUAAAAUUUCCUUACUACCCACCAGUGCUCAACGGAAGGAGGAUUCAACUUCUGCUAUAGAACUCCUACUGCCCACCAAGAAUCCUGAAACGCCCACUAGUGGGCGGUAGGGACCAGGUUGACAACCCCUGCUCUGCUAUACACACUUACCUGAGAGUAAGUCCCAUUGAACAGAAUGUGGCUUACCUCUGAGUACUAUAGAUAUAUGUAUGUUUACACUGCACAUCUCAUUUAAAUCUGUCUUAUUAAUAGACACAAAUAGUGUUGCUAUUCUAUGGUGGGACAGGCAACAUGGUGCCCUCAUGUUAUUGGCCUACAACUCCCAUCAUCCCUGAUUAUUGAUCAAGUUGGCUGGAGCUGAUGGAAGUUGUAGUGCAGUGUCUAGAGCAGGCAUAGGCAAACUCAGCCCUCCAGAUGUUUUCGAACUACAACUCCCAUCAUCCCCUGACCACUGGUCCUGUUAGCUAGGGUUGGUGGGAGUUGUAGUCCCAAAACAUCUGGAGGGCCGAGUUUGCCUAUGCCUGGUCUAGAGAGCAGCUUGUUGGCUACAUUGUGCUAUAGCAUUUUCACAAGUGAUCCUGGGAACAGUGUUUUGUCUAGAAUAUGCCACAUGUUCCUAUACAUUCAAUAAUAUAAAACAAAAGAGGCAUUUUAAAAUUUAAGGUGCAUCUACAUUUGAAUUACUGUUUUAAAAAUGCAAAAGAAACCCUUUUAAAGCACUGUUUGUUUAUACAGCUGCAUAUAUUUAAAUUGGAUCUUAAGGGGGAAGAAUCCAGUCAUAGUUAAGCUCAUUUAAAACCAUUGAUUUCAUCAGUGACCAGGCCGUAAAAAAGUCAUUUCAACUGAAUGCAUUCCAAGUGGUUCUUAUUUAAAGUUGAUUUGAGCAUUAGAGGCAAAAUCUGUCUUCAGUCUGACUGAAACCAUAAUGACAUUUCAUUCAAGUUUUGCCCCCAUAAAAUUGAUUGAUGUUAUAUUUAUGUUUUUGCUACUAGUUUCCAUCUUGGUGCUAGAGAAAGUGAUUCAAAAUGCAAUUACUUUUAGAAUCCACUGACUUUAAUCAAAAUUUAAUGUGUCCUUCUCUGACAAAUUGUGGGGAACUCUAGGUCAAGUGCAUCCUGGGGGGUGGCAUGCUUGAAUGGAAAAACGAAAUCCAAAAUAUAAUUUGAACUUCUAUAUAGAACAUAUGGUCCUUCCGUUUUUUUGUGGAACAAGACAGCAUGGUGACACAAUAAACUCUUUAGCUGAUGAAGAAAUAAACCAUUUACCUGCCUUGGUAGUUCAGCUGGGAGAGCAUGAGACUUUUAAUCUCAGGGUUGUGGGUUCAAGUCCCAUGUUCGGCAAAAGAUACCUGCAUUGCAAGAGGUUGGACUAGAUGACCUUUGUGGUCCCUUCCAACUCUACAAUUCUAAGAUUAUAUGAUUCUAAUUGUUAAGGACAGUCAGUUUAAGAGUGAAGAUCCAUUUAGUACUGGGGUGGGUAAUCAUUUUGGGGACUUUGCAUUGUGUUUGUAAGUUAGUGUAGGUCACUUUUUGUGGAAAAAAACCUAAAAAAUACAAUUAUUGUUAAUACUGAUAACUAUACAGUGGUACCUCGGGUUACAUACGCUUCAGGUUACAUACGCUUCAGGUUACACACUCCGCUAACCCAGAAAUAGUGCUUCAGGUUAAGAACUUUGCUUCAGGAUAAGAACAGAAAUUGGGCUCCGGCGGCGUGGCAGCAGGAGGCCCCAUUAGCUAAAGUGGUGCUUCAGGUUAAGAACAGUUUCAGGUUAAGAACGGACCUCCAGAACGAAUUAAGUACUUAACCCGAGGUACCACUGUACACAGACACACACACACACAUUUAAAAGUGGGAAACACUGGGGAAAGGCAUUGUGGACACAAAAAUAUCUGUUGGCACCCUGACAUCAUAGUGGGACACCAAAGGAUCAGAAAAUUUAAAAAAGGGGGGUAUUUUCAGGCCACAAAAAAGUAUUGAAAGUCAGAUGUGGCCUGCAGACCAUGGGUUAGCCCCCCUUACUCUAGGAAUUUUGAGACUCUUGGUUCAUGCAUACACAGCUUAGGCAAAGAAAGUGGCUGAAAAUGUCCAAUCUAAAGCAAAUGUACAGUAUGCAUGUAUAGAUAAUGGACGUGGUACCCUUGUCCAUAAUUCAACUGUCCCAUAGAUUUCAGUGUAGCUUAGACAAAGGGAAACACCUUCAGGAUUUCUGGCCAGAAAUAAGGUUGCUUAGUGAGAGGCAAAGAACAACAUUUUGCACAUGGCAGUUUACACUAUGUAUCUGAUGCUUGAAGUGGACAUAGCAAAGGCACGCACUGGCGUCAUCACUUCUCUUCAUAUAAUAUUUAAUAAUGUAGGGUAGUUUAUUAAUUUCAAUGGAUCUACUAUGAUACGAAACCACUGCACUCCUAGUUUCUCUGUCAUUUCCUUGGUUGUUGUGUUUAUUAUGUUGUUUCACUAGACUUUUAAAAGGAGAGAGGGAGAAGUAGAGACGGGGUUUCUGGUUUUGGUGGGAGGAGUUCAUCCUCUGUAACAGACUGUUUUGUACUGAUGAGAGUUUUUGUCCAUUCAGCUCUCUCUCUUGGGAAGAAGAGGGGAGCAAGGAACCAAAAACAGGUAGCUUAUGACAGAUGUGCUAACAAAGCCAUACAAAGCUAUUAGGCAGCCAUCUGGCUCUCAGCAUGAUCCCCAAUCCGAUUAACUCUGUUCGGCCAAGAGCCCCCAGAACGUUAGUAAUUUCACAAAUUGAAUAUAAAAUGAUUGCUCCUUGUUUUGGAACUUCUCUUUAGACAACAGGCAGGCUUGCAAACAGAAGGGUGUUUUUAAACCAUAUAUUGCACUGAUGAGGUGAACACACUGGUACAUCUAUAAAUAUCCCAAAACAUUCAAUCCACAGCACAUGAAGAUCUGUGGGGACGUUUUAUGUUAUAUGUUAGUUUGUUGUUCCUGAAUUCAAUGUCUGGAGAAAACUGUCCAUCAAGCCCUGUAUUUAAUAAUGCUCAUGUGUACUGUGAUCAGCAUAGUUUUGUCACAAUGCAUAGGCAUCGAUCUCUGACAAUAUCUUGUCAGUGAUGCUACUAUAAUUGUUCUGAUGCAGUAAUUGUUAUCAUUUUUUUAAAAAAAAUCCGUUGACUUUUAAUUGAGAAAUCUGUGGCACUGAAACAUGAGGUUGUGGUCUUCUAAAUGCUGUUAGUCCUGCUGAAUUCACUAGGAAAUGCGAAUUAGGUUUUGCCCAAAUGAUGCAGGUAGAAAAAAUUAAAGUAUCCACGCUGGCUUUUAAGAAAAAGUGAGAAAUAAUGCUGGUGGUUUUUGGUUACCAAAUCAAUUAUUUUCAAAGCUUAUUUUUCAGAUAAAAAAUUAAGGCAGAUAAGUAUCAAAAGCGAUAGUUAUAAAAUAUAAAAUAAUCCACAAUUCAAACAAAUCAUAAAUAAAAAACCCAUUUUUUUACAAAUAAACUUUUUAUUUAUUUUCCACAUGCGGUGUACCUGAUUUUUAUGCUAACAACCACCAGAACUAAAACAGCAAAAUCCCAGAACGAGGAAAUAUUGCACUGAAGGCCUUUUAAAAUAUGCAUAUAAAACAACACAGUGAGGAGGCCUUGAAUUGAUUCCAAGUCAUAUACAUAACUUAGGCAGUCUGGGCCUUUUUUAAAAAAUCUGCUUUAAAUUUUGUGUGUGAGAGAGAAGUUCUGUCUUGUUGCAUUGUUAUUGUUUGGUUUUGGUUUUUCUUAUGCAUUGUUUUUUUACCUAUUCUUUGGAAACCACCCAGAAUACUUUGUGUUAUGGGGCAGCGAAUGAAUUACAUAUAUAAAGAAAUGCAGUUAUUGCACCACAAGAUAACCCAUCUUGGUUUUCUUUCAGAUUUUCAGAGUGUGGGAUAUCCAGACACUUUCCCUGAUGCAGGUCUUCCACGAUUCCCAAGCAGGACCUAGAGAGACACAAAUCUUUACUAUGGUAUUUGACAAUAACCAUGGCACACUUAUUACAGGUGUGUUUGUCUAAUCAUUAGGAGCGAAAUACCUCUUCAGAUAUGAAUCUGGGGUGCUGAUACAUAAUUGUGAAAAGUAAAUGGAUGGCCUUCCAGCUGCAUUGUUUAGACCAAGAAUAGCUACAGAAAUGUGGGGAAAACAAACUGGUGGCUUUAAAUAAUUAAAGCAAUCCCAUCCUAUGAUGCUGAUAAUUCAAAACCACAAACAUCUUGUGUCUUUUUGUCCUUGAGAAGCACUUAUUUGGCAUCCAUUAAAAUCUUGAACAUAAUUAUUAUGUGAAGUAAAGUCUGAAAAUUAAUUUAUCAUAGUUCAUAGCCACAGAGGCAGGAAUUCCUGUAAGAUAUGUAACGUAGAUAUACCUCUUCUUCCUCCUCACCACCACAGUGUUUUUUUUAAAAAAAAUAAUAUUAAUUAAUUACAGGUAGGUAGCCAUGUUGGUCUGCCAUAGUCGAAACAAAAUAAAAAAAAUUCAUUCCAGUAGCACCUUAGAGACCAACUAAGUUGGAAGGGAUUUUUUUUAUUUUGUUUUGAUUGAUUGAUUGAUUGAUUGAUUAGUACCCCACCCAUCUGACUGGAUUGCUCCAGCCACUCUGUGCGGCUUCCAACGUAAAUAAAAACUUGAUAAACCCUUAAACCUCACAAAGCUUCCCUAUACUAGCCCUAUACUAGGGCUGCCUUCAGAUAAGAAUACUUGAUGGGUCAUUGAGGUCAGUGACAGUUCCCUGUAGCAUCUUCCCCUCUCGUUUUCCCCAUCUUGAAAAAACGUACAUAUAUUUGUCUUUCACUUUUGGUGAAGAAGUGCACUCACUAUUAAUCUUUCCAUAGGUGUUUAGUUCUGCUGUAAUAUGUGGUGGCCUUUGAUGGUGCAAGAGACUCAGUCUUUAUAUGUUGUAUCCUCUCUGCUUUUUCAGAAAGGGCAGGCUCCCAUUUUCAUUCCUCCUGCCACUCAACCACUCUCUUCCUCUCAUGCACACACUGCAUGAUCAAGAGUUCAUGGUGGUCCUUGCAGAGUCAAGCAACAUUCAUGAUGGGUCUCACAGUCAGGCAUAGCGGUGGCAUGCUCUUGACCUCCCAGCACCAGCAACUCUGCAGCUUAUCAGUGAGGUCUGAGGUGGCAGGGCGGUUGGUGCUGUCUGGACACACCAGCAAGGCCAACACAAUCUUUAUGUGUGGUUAGGGAGUACAGGAGUAACAAAGUGGGUCUUGGCCACAUCUUCAAUGGCAUGCUGCCCUUGGAGGGCUGGCUGACCCUCAGCGGAGCCCUUGGGCUGAAAAGGUUUACCCACCCCAUUGGACAUGUUUGCUGACAAUAGCAUGCAACGGAUGCAAUAACCCUUAUUAUAUGAUUCACAGGAUCAGCUGUGAUUGAUAUUUAUCCUCUCACUCGAGUUAUACAAGACACGAAACAGGUUCCCCAGACGCAUGAGAGGAGCAUCAAUGUGCUGAUUUACAACAAAGUCUUUCGCCAAAUUCUAACUAUCUGUUCUGAAUCAAUCGUAAAGGUGAGUAUGAAUCCUGCAAGCUUUUCAAGUGCAAAGCAAAAUAUUUUGCACAAAGGAUUUAAGAGCAAGUAGGCUAUCGGGGGGGGGGGGGCUUUAUCUUCCUACAUAUUGGUAAGACAGGUAUGGGGGACCAAGUGUUGCUGGACUUUAGAUUCCAUCAUCUUUGACCAUUGGCCAUCCAGACUGAGGCUGAUGGGAGCUGAAUUGAGAGGGCCACAAGUUCCCGAUCCCUGCAUUAAACCCAGGGGGAAAUGUUAAGAAUAGGAAUUCUUAGCUUUUUCCUUUCCACUUUCUCUUAUCCCCUUAGCUUAAUGUUUACUAUAGAUAUUUGAAGAAAGUGACAACUAUGUAAAUAUAUAUCUGUGUAGGUUGAAUUUCAUAUAAUUCACUUUAUCUUUAGGUCUGGGAACUGGAAACAGGCCAACAAAUAUACCAGAUUGAGGAUGCCCAUGGACCUAAUGUUGAGUUGACAUGUGCAGCAAUUGAUAAAAAUGGAUUCCACCUGGCCACUGGAGCAUGCGAUGGUAAAACUGUGUUAUAAUUGCAGAUUGUAAUAACACCACAUCUUUAUAUAAUUGCUUUGUGAUGAGGGCUGUAAGAAUACUUAACUGGAACCUAUUUUUAGUACCCUAGGACUUCACAAUGAAGGCCAGUUGAAGGCUGCUUCCUAUAUGACAAAGAGAAAUCUCAGGUGCUUCCAUGAUGAGUGACAUUCCUUCUGCUUUGUUGCACGUUUAGGAACUGUGAAGACUUGGGAUUUUGGAAGUGGACAGCAACUUAAAGUUUUGCCUUUAAUCAGGGAAAGCACAGUUAAUGAACACUGGCUGAUGCAAAUGGUUUACCUGAAGGCUAGUGGAAGUAGACAUGUCAUCCUGGUCUUGGAGUACAGUGGGACUAUCAAAAUUGUUCAGGUUUUGUUAUAGCUUGUUUUUAUUUGGUUUGUUGGUUUGUUUGUCAAUGAAUUAUACAUCCUUCAACCUUAGGUCCCAGAGCAAGUUACAACAUUAGAACACAAUGUUAAAAACCGUGCUUGCACUAACAGGACAUUUGUAACAGGAAGGGGUUGAAUUCCUCCCAGUAUAUCCUUUCAGUAUAUCCAGUAUAUCUCAACUAAAGACAACCAACCAUGCCCUGCCCUUCCAACCUCUCUCACUGCCAAGGGAAAAAAAUAAAUGAAAGAGAACCUACCCAAGUGACACAGAUGCAAAGACCUCACACAUACACUAAGUAAAAUAAUGUAAAUUCACCAUUCCCCUUCUCCUCCCUCUCUUCUCCCCCAACCUUAUACUGUAUAAUAAUAAUAAUCAUCAUCAUAAUAAUUAAUAAUAAUAAUUUAUUAUUUGUAGCCCGUCCAUCUGGCUGGGUUUCCCCAGCCACUCUGGGCGGCUUCCAACAAAGAUGAAAAAUACACUAAAAUGUCACACAUUAAAAACUUCCCUGAACAGGCCUGCCUUCAGAUGUCUUCUGGAUGUCAGGUAGUUGUUUAUCGCUUUGACAUCUGAUGGGAGGGCGUUCCACAGGGCGGGCGCCACUACCGAGAAGGCCCUCUGCCUGGUAUACAACAUUAAUAUCUCACAUGGAAUGUAACUGAUCAGUAGAAAAUAUUCUACAACCUGGAAAUAGAGACAAUGAACGUAGUUUUGUAUCCCAAGAAAAUCUUUAAUAAAAAUCCUUCUCCCAGUAUAUCUGAAGUGCCUCCCCAAAAUGAAUAAUUAGGUUAGCCUCAGUUAGAAGACCCACCACCCCAAAAUAUUUAUAUUUGAAGAAAUAAAUCAUGCCUAGUUGAUUCUCAAAUUUUUCUGUGCUACUAUUCUUCCAACUCCUUGUUCUCCUAGGGUAAUGAAGGUGAAGUUUAUCUAUGCAUUACUUGGGAGCUUCCUGAAGCAGUAUCUCUUGCUCUGCAAGGCAAUCCACUCAUGUCCCUAAAACUGAGUCCCAAUGCCAAGAAAAGUAAUGGAUUUUUUCCAGACGUUCAGCUGCUGCUUGAUAAGGUGCCUGUGAAAAAAUCAAAGAAUGAGGUGGGUAUUGAUUGGCAAAUCUGUCCAUUUCAGUUUCUCAUUUUUUCCAAACUUCAUUUCAGUCCGCCACAUAUCCAUACCAGUUGACAAUAAAAAAAAAUCCUCAUGAAAAUUGAGCAUUUUAUUUCAAAUUUAUCCUAAUAUACACAUUUUUGUGUCCAGUUUUCCCUAAUAAAAUGCAUUUGUAUGUGUUAUUUUCACUAAUGCAUGCAUUUCAAUGCAUAGAUUAUCCUUGAAUGUGCAUUUUUGUAUAUAUGACCUGCAAAAUUUGAAGAAAUGCAAAAUUUGAUGGGUGGCUGUUUGCUUAUUUGCUCUAUUGUUUCACUUUGCUUGUUGUUCCAGUAAGUGAGAAUUAGAUGGGUUCACAUUAAAAUGCAAAAUGAACUGAACUUCUCUUCCAUCCCUAGAGGUGGGUGCAUUUCCAGACUUUUCAAGACCUGCUAAGAAGGAAGUGUCUUGGAGCCUGAGUACACAUUAUACUCACCACUGAGAAGUAACCACAUGAAGUAAACUUAGUUUUUACUGUUGAGAGGUCUCUUUGGAGAGGGGCAGAGAAAACUCAACGGGAUUAUAGAGAGCAGUGCAAGGGACUUUUGUUGGGUGGAUGGAAAAACCACCUGUCAAUGUUUGCCUGCAGGGGUGGGGACAGAUAAAAAUCUGGCCCACUGGGCCAAAAAGAUCCCAUACUCUUUCCCUCCAAUUUUCUCUGCCUCCAGGAGCCUACUUUUCAUGUAGGCAGCCUCUUGAGCCGUAUAGUCAUUUUCUUUGGACUGGGUGAUGGGAAAAUGCCAUGGCACUUUUGUUUGCUGCUAGCCAUGCUUAAAUGCACAGUGAUUGCAUAGUCCUGUGUUUUCACAGUUUGGAACAAGAAUUUUAAGAAGCAAAGGCAGGUAUUUUCUAUCCUUUAAAAUGAUGAGACUGUACAUACCGGCUUUUAAAUACAAUUUUAACAAUCAUCUUCUUUUGCCGUCUUUCAGUUACCUCUGAAAACGGAAGUGAAAUGCUUUGACCUACUAAGAGUGGAAGGUUAUAAUUUGUUAGCUACCGCAAGUGCAAAUGGCGCAAUCAUCAUGUGGGAUUUUGAAUCUGCCACUGCCAGGCACAUGUGAGUAAUGAAAGCUGUGAGAGGGCUCUUGCCACAGUGCUGUCCUUCAUGCACCUUGGCUGAUCACGACUCUGAGUAAGCAGAGAGACAGACAAUUGGGAGCAAGCAAGUGAGAUACAUGAAGUGGGGAACUUGGGCAGAUCAUCUCUUACUGCUCACACUGCCAGAGGAGACCAGCUCCUUGCCUCCAUCUUGGCUUGGGUCAUAUGAGUCACUGGGCAGAAGCUAUAUGCUACCCCUUUGGCCUUGCUCAGUUCAACAUCUGGAAAGGGUUGAAAUUAGCUCCCAACCAAUGCAUCCUUCAGUACACACCUAGAAGGCAAAAAAUACUUUCUUUACAGAUUUAAAGCUGGGAACGCUGUCCAAGAAGAUGGAAAAGAAUUAUUAGGAAUCAACGGGUUACUGUUCCUCUACCGAGGUGCUGUCUCAGAGAGGUAGGUGGACUAUAUAUCAGGCAUGUACAAGUCAUAUUAGGCCCACUUUUGCUAACUUGGAGCCCUCCAGGUGUUUGGGGUUGCUUGGAGGGCUCAAGGUUGGCAGAUGCUGCAUUAGAUCUAUACUGGGUUAAAGAAACAGUGAGCUAGCUAGGUCUUGGACUUAGGUGAAACUGAUGAGCGUUUCUCCAACCUAGUGGUGGCAGCCAGUGUUGCACAAGCAGACUUCCACUAAUGCAAGUGGGCUUCUCCUUCUUCCCCCCAUUCCUGUGUUUCUUUAUUACUGUUAAUUGGGGCAAAGAUUUUAUUUAUUUAUUUGCUCGGGAGGGAGUUCCACACAGGGGUUCCCCAUGAAAAAGCUCUGUCCCCAGUGCCCACCAAUCUAAUUUUAAUGGCAGACCAACAAGCUGGUUCCCCAAUAAAGGCAGUCCUUCAAAUAACCUGGCCCUAAACAGUUUAGGUCUCUAAGUUAUUGGUCCAGCCAGUGCUGUCUUCUCCAACAGACAGCAGCUCUCUUAGGAAUGUGGGGAAGGGCAAUCAGCUCCUUGCAUGUUUGGCCUUGUUCAUUCACAACCCAUUAGGUUACAUUUCAGGUUGGUAUUGGUGUUGCUCAAAUUCCACAUGGCAAAGGCAAUUGCUUCCAUUCUGUCCCAUCUCCAAAACAUUUGCCAUUUAAAGUCAUUGGGGAAAUCUGCCAGUCUUGUUUUUGAGUAGGCCCUCAUUGCCAGUACAAUGUAUUCUUUAGGUAUAAGCUUCUGGCAUUUCUGUUUGGCAUUCUCAAAUGCCUAUUAACAUUCUUUGGCACCUAGAGGCUCUCUUUCAGUGUGCCAGUGUAGUGUAGUGGUUAAGAGUGGUAGUCUCGUAAUCUGGGAAACCGGGUUCGUGUCUCCGCUCCUCGACAUGCAGCUGCUGGGUGACCUUGGGCCAGUCACACUUCUCUGAAGUCUCUCAGCCUCACUCACCUUACGGGGUGUUUGUUGUGGGGGAGGAGGGGAAAGGAGAUUGUUAGCCGCUUUGAGACUCCUGAAGGGGAGUGAAAGGCGGGAUAUCAAAUCCAAACUCCUCUUCUUCUUCUUCUUCUUCUUUCACAAAGGAAACUUAGCGAGACUUCCACCGACAGUUUAGACCAACCAAGUGAUGUCAACACUACACAGGAGGUGGAAAGCAGCUUUGCAAGCAUAAAGAAGGUAUGUCCUUUGACGUUUGUACAGCAGUCAAAAACACUUGUAAGAAUGUUGUGCAUGUUAACAGUUAGAUUUGCUAAAAACUAAGACAAGACAGCAAAGCGUGAAGUGUUUAUCUUCAUAAAGGCAACAUGGGAGAGAAAGGAGUGUUAGCACAUGUUAUUCUCUCGUACAGAGUAACCAUACAGAGCUGCCUUUAGACAUAAAAUGUAGGGCUGCUGUCAUGCUGCAGUUUGCGUGGUCUCCAAAAGGUGGCUACGGCAACUCCAGUGUGACAACAGGGUAGCAGGUGGCUGAGGUGCAUUGUUUAAUGGGGAGGGCAGAGGUGCUUCAAAGAGCAGCUUGGCAAACAGCUCUGUGAAGUGCCUUCCUCUUCCAUUAAACACAACUGCAGUGAGGUUCAACAGUGGAGGGAGACAGUUUAGCAAAUUUGGUCUCUGAAGCUCCUCCCCUCCUCCUUUAAAACCUGGUGGGGCUUGGAGCAAACUGGAAGAGGAAGGGGCUUGUGUCAGCAAGUGGUGGUGGGGAUAGAUGGGGGCAUGGCUAAGAUGUAAAGGGAGGGGCAUUUGGUCAAGUGUAAAGGAAGGGAGCAUUGGAGGAAGGAGUUUGGUGUGUAAUUUGGGCUGAUGAGCAGACUGAGCAAGGGCAGCAGCCCCCAGUACUCUCGUGUUAUUUCAGAUGCACAUCAGCAGCAUUUCCAGAUAUAACGAGGAAUGCUCAAAGGGCCAGUGCAUGAGCAGAAUUUCCCUUUCUUCAAGUCACAUUUUAAGAAUAGAUUAUUUGUAGCAAUUAAUGAUCAUUGCUGGAGACGGGAUGAGCAAGCUAGGCCAGUUCCCUCUUCCAUGCAAAAAGUCAAAUAUGCAAGCAUGUUUUCAAUAAUCACUACAAUUAUUGUGAUGUGUGCUUCAAAGAAUGCUGUACUGUACUGUCUGCUCAGUAUCAGAACAUGUGAGAAAUAUGAUAGCCUCUGUACUAGCAAAAGCUGGAGAUUAAUGUUAGGUAAAAAUGUCAAAAAUGCAAAAUGCCACAUUAAAUCAUGUUCUCUGGUUCAUAGAUAAAGAAGCUGAGAUUAGGGGGAAGUGAAAUUAGACGCUGGCAAAAACCAGCAGACUGUGCAAGCCUGAGACUUUGCUUGGGCUCCUCCUAGCUCAUGCAGAACCAUGGUUUAGCAUUAAGUGCCACAGUGGCCAGUAAGAACAGGGAUUUGUGCACAUGCACAGUGAGCAAGUUGAGGAUAAGUAUGAUUCUACAGGAGACUGCACUGUGAAACUGUGGAAUUGCAAUACAUUAAAUGGUGGUGGUGAUUGCUGUUAAACGUAUUACCUGGCUUUCACCCACAGGUUACAAUUAAAAAUCAGAAUAAAAAUUUAUUACUGUCACAGGAAUAGGUUUAUAGGCUAUUAUUUGUGGACUCUGAAUCUGUCAGCAUUUCUGGGAAUGGAAGUAUUUUCUUCUUCCCAGUAGUCAACAACUAGAGUUUACUCUUUAUGCAAGCUAUUUUCAGUUCCAAACCUCUGUUUCAAUAUGCAUGCUAUUGUUUAAUUUCAGGAAGCUGUUAAAAGUGAAACUGAUACCAAAACAGAAACUUCAGGUAUGAACUGGAAUGUCAGAGUUAAGUUGCAGAAAAUCUUCUAAUAUAAGACUAUGUUUGAGAAAACUUUUUUUUAAAAAAAGCUAUCAGAAAUUAAGCAAGUGGUUGAGUAAAAGAAUAGUUAAACAUUUGUAAAUACCACAGAAAAGGUUUUGAAAACAUGCUCAUUCAGUAAAUGACACAGAAAGGUUUUGAAGAAGUCCUUAUUCAGUUAAAUGUUUGAGUUUGCUUAUGCUAGUGGAUAACUGAAGUUGCCAGAAUAUUAUUAUUUAAGACUGGUAAAAUGAAGGAUUAAAUCUUAUAUACAAAGACUAGGAAACCCAUGCAUGUUAUCUUUGAGCAAUUGCUUACCAGAACUGAUCCCUUUCUGGAGACCAUGAACUUGCAUUGAAUUGUGAACUGCACUCACUACUAGACACCCAAAUAAUGAUCAUGAUUAUUUACACAAAGAUGAAACAAAUAGAUUGAGCCUUACUUAUCUGGCAGCUCUUUUGUCACUAUCUACUUGUGUCACUUUCAGUUCAAGUUAAGCUUAUGAUUGUGCAAGGAAAUCAGAGACUGAACCAAGUUAUACCUCAGCAGGAUACUUAAUGACUUAACCAAGAUGUAGAAUUCCAUGCAAAUCUAUACCCCCUUAGCAACCACUGCCCUGGAGGCUGUUGAUGAAGAUGCAGACAUUGAAACAUUAGUAUAAAACACAUUUUGCCAUAAAGCAUGUGUCCAUGUUCAAAGGAAAAAAUAAGCACUAUUGUGAUGAAUUGAAAGUUCUUACUAUUUAUUGAACUUUUCGUUAGUUGCUUGUUGCAUGAAAAGAUCUCCAAGCUAUUUAAAACAUGUGCAAUUCACAAACCAUACAUAAAACAACAUACACACCCCAGUAGAGAGCUUUGGCAGCCCCCUAACAGGGAAAAGAAUGUCAUAGUCCAUCCAAAGCAUGGACAGGGGGAGAUUAGUUUUGGCCUGACAUUCAGUGAAGGUGCCAGGCAGAUGUCAUUGGAAAGAGAAUUCCUCAAAUGGAGAGCCAAAACUGAAAAGGCCUUCUCCCUAUAAUCAAUUAUGCUUUCUUUUAGAAGCAAAAUUUACAGGGUCUCCCACCUUGGAGAACAAAACACUGGGAUCUGCUUUAUUAGAACCUCCAAAUCAGGAAACAGAACGUCGUUCAAGACCUAUACUUGCCUCUGGCCAUGAAGAUGGUUUUAUUUAUCUCUGGACUAUAACGGUAGGUCCUUUUGCAUAACUGGAUUGUGGUAGAAAACAGUGGGUUCAAGCAUCCUUGUAUUGUGCUAUCAGCCAAAGGAUGUACAAUCCAAAAAGAUUAUUCUUCUACAUCUCCUGUCCUCUUUCUCUGUUUUUGUAGGAAACACAUAAAAUUAUAUUACUAUUUAUGCUUCAUCAACAAAGGAAAGGAUUAAAAAAUAUGUAGAACAAAAAAAACCAUUGUUUAGAAUUCAUUCUGAUCCAGCUGUUCUUCCAGCAGUAGCCUCGGGAAAGCCACAAAAUGGGGCAUUUGGGGGGCAGGGGUUCCGCACCAACAACUUUGGAUCUGCCCAACAGAUUCCUCAAAGGGAUCAAGCCUCAGGCCCCUCAGCUGUGGUAGCAACCCCCCACCCCACCCCCGUGAGCAUGAGCAGCAGGGUUUAGGUUGUGUUAGUCAAAUCUCACUGCCCUGCUGAUCCCUAGCCAGGAGUCAGGAUUGCUGUGUUAGCCAGGGUGCUAGUAGACUGGUGUGACUCCAAACCCCUAAUGUCAGAAAACGCUGCUUUGUUAAAAGAAAGUCCGAUUGUGUUUUUGUUUGUGAAGGGAGAUCUACUGAGAGAAAUUUUGCCUUUCACAAAACAUCCUCCAAUUCCUUUGACAGCACUGUGCACUGGUGUAUCUUCUAAAACACUUUUUGCCGCUAAUAAAGGUAAGCAACCAUUUAUCAGUUAAGGCUGUCAUAACAGUUUGUAAGCAUUUAAAAAAAAAAAAAAAGAUGGGUGCAGACAAGAACUGAACCCUUUCCAAAGCCUGGCCAUCGGUCAAAUUACUAAAACCAUGUCAAACUUUUGAAGAUAACUAAAGAAUAUCUGUAAGCACUCAAUACUAAGCACAUGCAAGUGUGAAAUAAAAUUAAAAAGAAAUCCUGCAUAUGUCUCCUCAGAAAGGGAGGAAAAGGAAGGGAAUAGAGGGCUGUAGUCUUAAUUACGUUGGUUUAAACAUGCAUAUAAAUGCUAAGCAAAUAAUACUUUACUUUGAGGAAUCCCUGAGGAAUCAGUGCUCAGCAACAGGGAAGCAGCCAAGUGCUAGAUCUUUUUCUUCUUUUUAAAAAAAUAUUUUUAUUAGUUUUUCAGAUAUAUAAAAAGUGCUCGGCUACUGUAUAAUGUCAAAUGAACAGUUAUUCUUAUAAUAUUUUUAUUAGUUUUUCAGAUAUAUAAAAAGUGCUAGGCUAUUGUAUAUUGUCAAAUGAACAGUUAUUCUUAUCCUGAUACAAAAUAAAUGGUAAAUCAUGUAACAAUUUCUUUAAACAAACAACACAGAACAAAUCACAUCUUGGAAAAUUAGGGCUGUAAACUGGGCACAUAAUCCAGAUUCAGUAAUCAUAAUUUAAAUCAGAACCAGAAUCUUAAAACUCUACCAUAUCAAGGGAAAUAGACCACAACAUUAAUUUUACAUUAUGUUUAAUGUAUUAACCAAAUCUUCUCAUAAACAAAAGGGGGUUCUUGACAGUGGUCCUCCUUACCUGCAAAUAAGAUAAAAUUGAACCAAACUGUUACAAACUAUCAUUGACCUUUCUGAGUCUGAACAAUCUGAUUGUAAGGUGCCAGCCUCAAGAAGGCUCUAUCUGAACCUGUAUAAUCCUAUUAUUAAUUUAAAGACUAAUCCAGAUCCCAUCUUGGUCAUUAUUUACGGAUGUCAUAAGCCAUGAAAUUAUCUGUGAAUUGCUCCUGAUCCAUAUGUGUAAAUAUUAUUUUUGAUGGGGCAUUUCUCUUGCAGAGGGGCAUGUUAUACGGUGGCAUAUUGGCUCCUUCUUAGAAGAUCCACAGGAUACCAACAAGGUGAGGCAGCUGGAAAAUAAGUGCUUGCUUUUAAUUCACUUAUUACAUGGGAAAUAGGUAUCCCCUUACCAAUGCCAUUUUGCCCAUUUUCUUUCCUUGCUUGCACUGCAAAUCAGAACUUUCAUGUUAAAUAAAUAAAAUGCAAAGAACGGUGAAGGUCUAGUAUAAUCCUAAAAACAUGAGGCUUUGUGUUUGACCCGGGGUUUAUGCUUGGACCAGGGCUUACUGUAUUCUAGAAAAUUUAUAAAAUCUGGCACAUGUUUGUGAUUUGACAAGUAAUCCAAAUGGUCAGCCCACCUCACCCUCCAAAAAAUCCAUUCUGUAAUCACCAUUCUAUAAUAUAAUAAUCCAUUCUAUAAUAUGGUGAUAUUUGUUACCACACCUCACUAAUUAUCUGAAUGAAGGGUGUUGUUAGGGAUAGCCCAGAGGGCCUGAACCGUGAAUCUCUCUUGGCCGGCCUUCCCUUUCCUUCCCUCUCACCUUUUAAAAACUUUUUUUUUAAAAAAAAUUACUUGCUUGCCUUUAGGGCAGCUAUGACUGGUGCCACCCACCAUUCCUAGAGGCAUUUUAUACAAAAAUUAUCCUAUGCAAGUUUGUGUCAUGGGCCUGUGCCCUGAGUCCUGUACUCUAGGAGGGCCCUCCAGCCAGUAGGCCCAAGUUGGCCCCACAAGGAUAUUUUCGUGACGUCUUCUGAUGAGCACAAGGGUGCAGUUAUAUCCUGUGUUUGUUGUGUAUAUCUGUUUCCCAGCCGACAACCGUGGCACUGUCCAUGCCAACCUGCAUGGAAUCCCUUGCUAAAACAAUGAAAGAGCAAUUCUGAAGCAAGAAAGGGUGUGCAUCAGAAUCUCUGGCAGAAACAGGAAGGUUUUCUUACCAUUGUAUUAGGAGGGGAUCCCUAGAAACUGCUGCUAAAAUGAGGAAAGAAACCAUUGCCUUCUAGCAAUUUGGCCCGCAAGGCCGAUCCUGAUAAGGAUCUGGCCCAUGGAGCCAAUGAGGUACCUAGCAACACUCCUGGUCUGAAAAUGGAGCAGCGUUUUUCUGUAGCUGUGCCUGAGGCCUGAUGUCCAUCUUUGAUGGAGACACAGACAGGCCUGUUUCCUGCCAGACAUGAUGUACUUCCACGCUGGAGGACUGAACCAAUAUUUAUUUAAAGCAUUCAUUUUCCACCCUUCAAUUCAAAAUGUUCAGAACCGUAUGCAGUCUGCACUGGUAGCAAGUUUCCCUGAUCAUCUAGGUGGUUUUACUGUUUUUAAAGUUGGUGUGUUUUGUAUUUUUUUCUCAUUUUAUCUUGUACAACAGUUUGAAUCUUUCCAGCUGUGAACCUGUUUCUAAAUAUGUAAAAGUAAAAUAAAGAGUUGGUUAGCUGUGUUGGGAUGACUUACCUACACCUGUUCACAUCAGCUGCUUGAAUGUUAGAGCUUCUCAACGCCCACCAAAGCUGUCUCACGUAUUGCUAACCUCUCUUAUUCUGCAGCAUAUAAAGCAACAAAUUUGCUGGAGAGCUCAUUCUGCCAAAAUAGUCAGCUUGUUCUAUGAAGAAGAAAAAUGCCUUGUGGUGACUGCUGCUAGUGAUAGUUCUGUCAGGUUAGUUACAAUUAGUGGCAAGCAUUUGAAUUUGGCCUAUGCCAGAGUUGCUUUGUCCGCUUGAUGGGGCAUUUAAAAGCACAUAGCUUUCCCCAGUGAAUCCUAGGAAGUGUAAUAUGUUAAGGGUGCUGGGAAUCGUAGCUCUGAGGGGUAAAUUACAGUUCCCAGGAUUGUCUGAGAGGAGCCAUGGUUUCCAAAGUGGUAUAAAUGUGCUUUAAAUGAAUGGUGUGAAUGUGACCUCUGUCACAGUUUUGCACGCUGGCAAAUAAUAUCACAACAUGGCCUGGGAUACUGUAUGGAAAACUGCAGAGAGGGCCAGUUCCAGCAUUGAGGGGUCACUCAGCAAAUGCCGUCCAUUUGGCCUUUCUCCUACUGGGCCUCUCUAGAACUUUUGCUGGGCUCUUGGAGGUUUCUCUUGGCUAUGGCUGUCAUUUUGGAUUUCUUGGUACAGAAAGUAUUGAUCUGAUGUUUCCCAUUCUAAUUAAUUCAAGAGGGUUCUGGAAGCUUCUCUGUGUGAAAGAAACAAGCAGAAGGUUCAUGGUAUUUGGGUUAUUUCUUCAGAGAAGCUGAGUACAGCUGACUUAAACUGGUUCUGUUGCCUCUUCUGUCAAGGUCAUGCUGACUAUAAUAACAGGCCAGAAGGAGGCUGGGUUUCACUUUCUCUUUCUAUCUCUUUCCUUCUGGUGUGGUAUUCUGUAUAUAGUGUUAAGGUUUAAUCUUAUUAUAAGUUAUUGUAAGUUUAAAUGAAGUCUGCUGCAACUGGAUUUCUUAUGGACAGUGCCAAUCCUGAAUGUAUUGGAUUUGUGACCAUUAUGCUCAUUUGCCUUCAGUAGGAGUAAAGCUCUGCUGGGUGAAAUAUAAUUGCCUCUGGUCUAUUUUUUGGGAAUCCUGCAACGUGCUUUUACUCGGCUAACUAUAGGUUGGAGUUCUGCUCUGGAUCAAUAUUGAGUAGAAUUCCAUGUCAAUGGCAGCCAUGUUUUUGCUCAAAAGUUGAGUUGACUUCCAGGGUACAGUAUAGAAAAAUCAUGGUCAUUUGCCCCCCAAAAUAUGGCCACUGCUGAAAGCCAGUGAGAGUUGUUUGAGGGGAAUUUUUUGAUAGAGGGCCCAGGGCAAACAUCUACCAUGGGCCCUGUUGGAGCACUGUGAUCCCAGCAACUGCCAAAGAUAUUAUUGUGCCUGACUGCAGCUUCUGCUCCUGGUGGACAUGCUGAAUAACUAUUUUUCUGUGGGCUGCCACAGGCUAACCACUACAGACAAAGAGUUUUUGAGCACUGGUUCUUAAUAUAUUAUGCUGUGAGCAUUCCAAUUCUUCUCAAGUGGAAAUCUGUUUCGUUUUUGGUUAGUAUUUGGUUAGUAGUCUUCUGUUUAGAAAUCGAUAUUGUUUAAACAUUUCUUUAUUGGCCUUCUUCCUCACACAGGCUCUGGCAUGCACCCGAUGGACACUACAUUGGUUACUUUGGUCAGCGCAGGUUGUUUGAACUCUUGGAAUCCGCAGAUAUCAUUUUGCCCUGUGACGUGAAUGAAAUCCCCUUCAGCAUAAGAGACAACAGCAAAUAUAUGGAUAAAAAGCAGAAGUUUGAAUAUCCUCUGGUCCUUGACAGAGAGAAGUAAGAUUGGCCACAUAUUAGAUUGCAUGAGGAGAAACACCUGCAGUUUCUAUAGGAACUUGUGUAUAAGGCAAGGAUGGGAAACCUGUGGCCCUCCAGCAGCUGUUGGACUCCAACUCCCAUCAGCCCCAACCAUCUUGGCCAUUGGUCAGGAAUGAUGAAAACAACAUCUGGAGAGUAACAGGUUCCCCAUCUCUGCUAUAUAGAAUUACUACAGAAUACACUGAACUGAGGCUAAACAAUGUGGGUUCCACCCACCUACCAUCUCACUGUCACAAAACUUUUGUCAGUCACCGCAAUAUCCCCACCCCCUGAAGCUCAGCAAUGCCUGUGAAACUUCGCAGAUGCCACAGCUGAUCUGAAGGACAGUGUCCCUGAAACCUCUCCACAAAUCAGCAAGGGGUUGACUUUCUUCAUAUUCUCUCCACCCUGUUCUGAUACGACUCAAAGAUAAUUAUUCACAUUAAUAAAUGAAGUUGUGUCUUUUUAAGCAGCUGGUUUUUUAAAAAAAUAUAUAUAGCUGCCAGUUACCUUUAUGCCCUCGUAAAGAUUUCCACAGCUUGCUCGUGAAAUAAAAUUAAUAUUUCAAAUGAGUUGUGAGUGCACAUUUAAGGUUUAAGAGAGGUAUAAAUAACCUCCCUUUUGGGUUAGAACCCGUGAAAGCUGUCCUUUGUAAUACACAUUGCAAUGAAUGGUAGUCUAUAAAUAAAUAAAUGACAACAGUACAAUUCAGCAACAUGGUGUUAGGUUUAGCACUUUCACUAUGCGCAUUUAGGGCCCAUACUCCUAAGGCAGCAGUCAGCAGUUCCUUCAUCCACAGGGUGAAAUCCCCGUGCCCCACCUGCUUUUGCACUGCAUUUGAUAGAUGUACUUACUACCAGUUCAAAUGCAGAUAUCCCUCCUAAGCACACCCACCCACAACUAUUAGGCAGCUGAAAACUUUUUUUUAUUGUUUAAAGCACUGCUUGUAUGUUUAUGCCAUUAAAUGUUGGUUUAUGCCCUUUUUUUUAAAGGUAACUUUUUAAAAUGGAACAACUGCCCUGCAGGGUAGGGGUGAGGUAAUUCAUGAUAUCACAGGCACCUGCCAAUCAGCUGUCAGCUUCUGCAAACUAACAUGACGUGCUUCCCCUCUUCUCAGUUCCAAAGACCCCACCAUUCACAUUAUAUAUGUGGAGCAUUUACAUCCUUUUGAAUUUACCUUUGUAGAAAAGAUGUAUUUCUUAGUUAUGGGGCCAUCCAUCUGCAGAGCAUUCCUAUGUAUAUUUACACAGAAACAAGUCCCUCUGUGGUCAGUGAGUCUUACUGUGCUUCCGGUUGCAGCCUGAAAAGGGCAAACUGUACUGCUUUAAAUUUUCUAAAUUUUAUUGCAAUUAUUUUUUUAUUGCAAGUUAUACUUUAUUUUUAUCUUGCAUGAUUAUGACAUUAAGUUUCUUUUGUUUUGUAAGUACAACAUCUUUUCCUUUCUUUUUUUCUAGAUGGAAGACUCUGACCAGAAGCUCCUUGUCAUUGAAAAAGCCUGGCCCUUUUGAAGUUGAUCAAGAUUUCAAGUUUUUCAAAGCCCUGGCUUCUCCUAUGGUACUAAGAGUCAAUUGUCAUGUCAGAACUCCCUAAAACUGCCAUUACAUAGAAUCGUAGAAUUGGAAGGGACCCAAGGGUCAUCUAGUCCAACCCCCUACAAUGCAGGAAUCUCAGCUAAAGCAUCUAUCACAGAUGGCCAUCCAUAUCUUUAGUUGCCAGGUGAAAACAUUUCCCCUUAACCAGACCUGUGGCUGAUUAACAUUCUAUGUCCCUUUAAAUGUGUUUGGGCGGUUUUGGUUUCUUCUUGUUGCUUUUAUUAUGUACUUUGUUUUCUCAUUUUUGCUCUGUGAUCUUCAAAGGAAGGGUCCUCCACCUGUAGAGACAAUGUUCAUUCAUGAAGCCACUCAUAGAAGUGGACCAUGCUAGAUAGAGUUGCAUGUGUAAAUCAUGAUUAACUGAAUUUUGGAGGUGGGGUGUCCAUCCUAAAUAUAAUGGGUGCUUCCAGUUUGUUGCUACUUUAUGCUGCAAGCCAUUCAUAGAAAUCACAUGACUCCCCCCACAAAUAAUCAUAGGAACCAUAGUUCAGACCCCCUGGAGCUGUACUUUCCAGUACCCUUAACAAGCCACAGUUCCAGCUGUUUUAAGGCAUUUGCCUGAACAUGUGAAGACUGCAUCCAUGCAUGGGGGUGGGGGUACAUUGUCACCAAUUCUUCCAGUGUCACCAGACAAUGCAGGCUUCUCUUCAGACCCUUGACUGUUAGCAUGAAGGUCAGAAGAAGGUUUCAAAAAAGCGCAUUCUGAGCCCUGAUUUGACAAUUUUGACAGUAGCACCAGAUUUUAUUUUAUUUUUCAUUUGUUGAUACAUGUUUCUGUUCAGGUAACUAGGAAGAUCAGUAUUGACCAUAAUGUUAAAUCACUGAAUGGACUAAAUGCUAUACAAUUAGAUGUGGUGGGCUUUUUAUUUAUUUCAUUAUAAGUAUUUGUUUUUGAGUUUUUUUGCUGGAAAUGAAAAUACUGAUGGUAUUGUUUGUGUCUUCUAGAUUAACAAACACCCCCUGGAAAGUUUCAAAUCUGGCAGCAAAGAUACUGGUGUUGUAUUUGGGUCUAUACCUAUAUACAGGGUGAGUUCAAAGUAAUUUGCUUAAAUAAAUGUUUCGUAAUGGAAGAAACAUUAAAAUUAAGCAAUGUCUCAGAUUGUGAAUUGCUACCAUUUGCUUCUCAUUUAAGUAUCUCCUUUUUACUGAGCUUGAAUUAUUCCUUUUCCGCUCUGAGUUUUGUUUCCUUCCUAUAAAAUAUCAACUGUCCUGUAAGAUACAUUUUGGCUCACCUAUUAUAGCGAGUAAUAUUUGACUUUUACUAAGGCCUUGAGCAUCACAUAUGGGCUAUAAAACACCUGCAUUCAGCAUGUCGUCAUAAUGCCAGGGCUGUCUGUAGACGAGAUACUGAGCCACAGUUAUAUCACAAUCCUAUGCUUACUUACCCAGAAGCAGGUCCUGCUGAGUUCAGUGGGAAUUGCUGCCAGAAAAACGAGCAUGUGAUCACAGACUUAGACUGCAAUCCUGCACUUAACUGGAAGUAAGUUCCAUUCAACUCAGUAUGUGCUAGUCCCAUUAAACUCAAUUGAGAUGGAGCUUACUUCUGACACACAGGAUUGUACUAUAUACCAUAUAUUUUGACCUGGCUGUGCACAUUGCUCCUCAGCUCAGUUUUUUCCCAUCCCAGCGCCCUCCAGAUGUUUUGGACUACAACUUUCAUCAACCAGCAUAGCCAUUCUGGCAAGGGCCGAUUCUGCUGUAGUCUAAAACAGCUGGAGGACAUUAGGUUGGGGAAGGCUGCCUUGAGCUUUCUUUUUCUAAGGAGAACCAGUUUUUGCAUUCCACCUUAAUACAUGCUGUCACCUUCCCUCACAUUCUUGUUUCCUCCCCGCUAUCCUCAGAAGACUUGAUUAUGCAAACACAAAGAAGCUCUGGUUGUUAUUAUGUGAAUGAGGAAAUCCUGGGUUCAGGCUCCCAACUCUUCCUUGAACAAAAUGGCCUUAGGGAAGCCACCAUCUCCCCCAUACCACAAUAUAGGCAUUAGGUAAGGUCUAGAGGUGCCCUUCUGCUAAUGGAAGGGGCUGCAGUCCAGCAGAGGCUCCUGCUCAUGGAAGGAAGAGGACAGGCAAUUUCCACUGGUUCUCCUUGCAGCUCCCUGCACACAUUGCCAUGCUGUUCUAGAGGGUUCUCAUCUCACAAAGCAGAUUUUCAGUGGGCGGGGAAAUCAGAGAAAUUUGCCUCUCCCUCCUUAUGUAAGUGGGAGUGGAAUGCUGGAAUCGACCCUGUUAAAUUUUAUUGUAAUAAUCACUGAGCUAUUUUAUGUGAAGUACAUUGAACAUUAACAAGUCCUGUAUAAGUGCUAUUGUUACGAUCAAUGUUGUCAGAUUCAUUCACCUCUAUUCCACCUCUGCCACUGCGCAAUAUCUGUCUUUCCUUCACUCAAGUUUUUUGCCUUCCCAUCUUAGUGAUACUGUGACUCUUCCUGCUCUCAUAGAAUCUUGGAAAAGGCACUCAACUGGCAUUGUCCUAAGAGAUGUUUAGGACUGAUGUGUGAUAUGAUAUACUAGGCAUAGGCAAACUCAGCUCUCAAGAUGUUUUUGGACUACAACUCCCACAAUCCCUAGCUAACAGGACCAGUGGUCAGGGAUGAUGGGAAUUGUAGUCCCAAAACAUCUGGAGGGCUGAGUUUGCCUAUACCUGUGAUAUACACUGGAUGUGAAUAGGCAAUGAGAGAAGUUUUCAGGAAAAAACAAACAAACAUGAACAUGGCUUUGGCUAGACUUUGCCAAUAUGGUGCCUUCCUGAUGUUUAGGCCUUUCUUCCAGCAUCUCUGGCCUUUCAUGGUAACAUGAAACAUGAAAUUUAUUACGGUCAGAGACCAGCUUGAACCUUUCAUGGUACAUGUGCUGGGUAAGAUGAAAAUUGCUAUUGUGUGCUGGGGCCUAGCAUGACAGAGGUUUGUCCCAGUUGGCUCCUAGAUGCUCUAGGCACUUUAUGGGCCUUAAAGCUGAGCCUUAAAUUCAUUUUUCUGUUACACUGGAGACUUCUGUACCAGUAUACAGAUUGCAAGGCAGUCAAGAAACAUAUGAAUCUUCUCUAGGCUUUUUAGGACAACUGUCAGUCUUCCAUUUCCCGUUAUUAGUUUAAAAGAAUUUUGUGACAUGCUUUCUGACAGAGAAGCAAUAAAACCUGAAAAACAUUCGCUUCCAUUUUUUUUCCAACUCUGCAGGUACAAAUCAGGAAUAUCACUGUUACAAAGUCACAGGGAGUUAAAGACAAGUAAAAAUAGAAAUAUCACACAUUUCAGUAGUUCUAUUGGGGGUACAUUAUUCCAAAAGCUGUGUCUUGUUGACUAAGCAGCCAUAAAAUGUUGUUCUUGCCUUUAAAAUAAUGCUUAUAUAUUUGAGUGGUGAGAAGCUCCAGAGACACAGCACUUACCCAGGGUUGGUUCUUUUUAGAUGUUUUUGGAGGUUUAAUUGUGUUUUGUUGUACUUAGGUUUAUUUACAAAUACGCAUUUUGAUCAUAAAUGGGGACACACAUUUAGCCAAAGUUUAGCCAACAUAUAGCCAAAGUUCACUACCCCUACAACAGAUAUCCAUAGAAACAGCCAGCACCCUAUGAAGCCCAAAACUCUCUUCACACACCAACACCUGAAUUGCCUCUUCCUUAGCUGGGAAGGCAGAAGAACUGCUCUCUACUCUGAUCAUGUUUCCUAUUCAAAACAUUCCCAAAAUCAUCCUGCAUGGAAAAGCAAUUUUCUAAAUAUUGAGUUCCCAUGACAAUAGACUGCCUGUAAUUUACCUAACAAAAGGAUGGAUUGGCUAACAGGUUUGACCAACUUUAAGCAAACUUUCUGAUCUGCUCCUCUCCAAUAUUAACAAUAUUUGGCUUCAAGUACUGUAAAGCAGAUUCAGAAGUCGAGAAUUUUAAUAUGACAUUUUGUUAAGGAUUGGAAAUUUGGCUAUUUAAAUAGCUGGACAGUCUGCUGAAUAAAAGACUGGCACAAAAUCAGGUAUGGACCUGACACCCUUUACAUCCUUUCCACUCCUUCCCAUACAUACACUAUCCCAUGUCUGAGACUUUCCUGUUGCUGAUAGCUAACCCACAAACGGUGCUGCGCUCAUGGGAAAGCUGCUUGGAAAGCUCCAAUUGCAUCACGUCUGUGUUGUUUAAUAGGAAAACACCCUUACAAAAUGUGCACCAAGCUACAGAAAACCCACACUCUUCAUUUCAGCUCUUAGGACUGUGGCCUUAAUGCAUAAAUCCCAAUUUACUAUCUAUACCUGCUUAACUGAGAAAAAAGUGCAAUUGAACUUGAGUGUAGGAUUGCACUGUGAAAAAGACACAUCUGAAAAUAUGUUAUAUAGAGCUAAAAACAAAUAACAAAGUAAUUGCCAAAUGUGACUCUUUCGCUUUUCACUGGGGUACAAAAUGAAAGUCAACAAGGAAAUAUUAGACUUUUGGUGUGUGUUUUUAACAUACAGGAAAGGAAAAUUAAGUUCACACAUAUACUAUGGGAGAUAACUGGCAUGAGCAAGCCACCUUUUUAGAGAAAGGUUUAGAGAGAAUAAUAUAUAAGUAAUUGAAAAUGAGCCAAAAUGCAAGCCAAAAUCACUUUCCACCUCUACAGAAGUAAUAGAAAUUCUCCUUCAUUCAGCACAGCUAAGUGUUUUUGCUACUGCAAGCUACUCUUCAUGUAGAAGACAGAUUCUACCAGGGCAGGCUAAAGGCAACAGGUGUAUCUUGCUUAUAGAAAAGAGAUUGCAAUCCAAAGCACUCUUAAAAACUGAAGUGCCAGGUUUUUUUGUUUCUGUUUUAAACUUAAUUAGUGCUUUUCCUUUAUAAAUCUCAAAGCAGUUAAAGUAAUUAAGAACAAUUAAAACAUAUAGGUAGUUGCAUCGCAUAAUUUCAGUAACAACAGCAGCCAAUCAAGAAAUGCCAUGGGGAGCUCAUUCACAAAAUGGGCACAACAAUGAAUAUUAGAAUUACUUAUAGGGAUAGAGAAGGAUUUACCUGAUUUGAUCCAGCCAGAUCCUGAUUAUCUGGAUUGGAUCACUAGUCUACUUUAGUCCAUUUUAGAAUCUGCAGUCCUGGGGGCUGAGAACAAUAACGUGUCUUCAAGUUCUGCCACUCUCAGACUUGCUCUGUUCUACUCAAAGUGCACAGCAGCCAAACAAACCAAACAACCAUAUGCUAGUAGCUGGAUUAUUUCUGGAAUUUUUUGUAGGUGUGGGGCAGUGGAUUUAAAAUGGACAAAGGCACCACUGGAGCCCUCAGACUGCCUUGUAGAUGCUUUUAUUUCAUGCUGACUUAAAAGGAUUUCCCUUUUAGAAAUCAAAUGGAAACAAAGACUCCUUUGAAGUGGAACAGACAGGACCGCAAUGGGUCUCUCCAUCCCUAAUUACUUCUGAGCAAAAAGGUGCAGGAUGGAUCUCAAAUAAGGAGGCUGGUGUUUGCUGACAGCGAAUACUAACAACAAAACAAGGCAGGGGGGGGGCGGGAAUAGCUGUACAUGUUGCCCACUAAUGACAGCACAAGAAUGAAUGGUUUUAAAAUGGAGGCAAAUACAGAGAACAUGCACCACUUGCAGCAUCCAUGUUCUGGAAUAAACAUGCAUUUUAUAUGAUGGCAAUGGAACUUACAGUUCAUGGGUGAAUUCUUUAGAGUGUAAAAUUGAUAUGGGCUUUGAAGAAGAAACAGUACCUCAGUGGAAGCAGCUGUCUUGAGGGGGCUGUUGGAUCUUCUUCCUUGGAGGUUUUUCAAGAAGAGGCCAGACGGGCACAAGCUAUAUUGUCUUGGGGAAAAUAGUUGAAGAAGGUAAUCAGCUGGGCUUCUUCAAACCAUGUAGAUGUGACAAAAAGAAUGACACUAUUCCAAAAGCAAAAGCCAGAAGAACAAGUUUCCUUUUUUGGGGGAAAUUAUAACCUGACACCAUAUUAGUAAGAUUUUUAGGUCAUUACUUGCUGGGGUGCCAAAGGGAUAUUUUUGUAAACAGGAAAAUGUUGGUGGUGGAGUGGUUUCACUUCAGGCUAUCUGUACACCGUAAAUGCCAAAAAUUGGCGUGAGAGGACAGGUAUAUUGGUAUAAAAGGCUUUGUAGUCUAGAAGCAUCUGUAGAUUUAUUUCACAAAGUUGGUCAUGGCCCUUUAAAUAAACGAAUACAAACAUAGGCAAGCAAUGUUAUCAUUCUUAUGAUUCCUAUCUUGUUGGCACUAUUCAGAAAGAAACUUUGAAAAAUAACAGUUAGAAAACCCAUCAGUUUAACUCUCACCUCGGCACCCACAGCAUUUAUUUCCCAUUCUCAAAAACAGCCAAAGAGCCUUGAAGCACCCUAAAUAACUAAUUUAUUAUGGCAUAAGCUUUCAUAACUUCGUCAGAAGCAUGAAGAUAAAUCUCAGUGGUCAGAAGAAGAAAAUUGUAAGUUGAACAGCUAUGAGAUGACUAAAUUACAGUCAAUGAGACCUUCAAUAAAUGUUAUAGGCACACCUUUAACCUUUCACAGUACCAAGUUGGUGAUAAUUACUGAGGUUAUGGUAUUAACAACUGUAGUGGGCAGGGAACCAUUCACAGCAAACAACCGUAGAUAGCACAGAUAUGUUGGUAUUGACCAUCUAAUUAACUUGUGAAUUACUGUAUUUAUCUCCAUUUCACCCACUGCAAGCUGAAACUGCUUGAUGAAUUUUUGCGUUGUAUUCUUCCAUUAAAAGUAUUCCACAGUGGUCAAUUACAGAAUGUCCCAGGAGUUGGGGGUAUUUUCUCACUGAUUUAUGGACAAUCCCAUUCGUAUCAUCAGAUUUGUGGACAUUUAUGCUUUUGCAUAGAGACUUGUCAUGUGUGUCCUAUUUAGAACACAGAAGAGCAUUGUUGGCAUAAAUCACACCUACCUCAGCUAUAUAUGUGUUAAUUACAUUUCCCUGGCAAAUAACUUCUAUCUCAGCCUCAGUUUACCUUCUGAAAAAGAAAUUAUAAUAUUGACCUACUGCAAGGGGAUUGCUGUGAGGCUGGACAUGAUAAAUGUAAAAAACUUGUACAUCAAAAGUGUUUUAUAUAAAUAACAGCAAGAAGCUGACUAAGGGAUUUUUCCUUAGUGCAGAUGUCACAAAUGUUGCACCUGUCCACAUAAUUCUUGAUUUUUUUUCUAAAUUACUUGUAAAAGGUUACAACUCCUCCAAAGAUUAAACCUAUUCAUACAAAGGAUCAGGAAGACUCUGUUGACAGUAUUGGCAUGAGAAGCAGAAUUAUUUCCCAUUCAGUAAGUGUAUUGUUUCUUCAUGUAGCAUGCAUGUUAUGUCUAAGAAUGGGAGGCGCGUGGAGGGAGUUUCUGGAUUUUAAAUUUCAGGCAAUACAACUGAAUCUGCUUAAAUUCAAAUAAUUCACCUUCUGAACUGACACAUGUGUUUGGCCACUUCUUGGUCAAUUGGCUGUGGGUAGUUUGUUUUGCAAAAAUGAAAUUAAGAUUGGGACAAAUAAUAAAGUGCAAAAAGCAAAACAGUAAACUAAAUGGUUAUAGCAUUCUUUUUUCAUCACAGUGAACCUUCAAAGUCUACAAGCCAGGAUGGGGGAGAAAUCCAAUUCACUUUGCAUUUAUAGGCAGACCUCCCUAAUUCACCCUUUCCAAAACAAUAUGUGGACCGAAGCACAGCCAUCCUUUGAAAUAUUUGCCCUUCUCUGAAUUUUGAAAGGCAGUUUCCAGCCAAGUAAUAUGUACAAAAAUGCAAAUACUAAAGUGUGCGUAUAUAUUUGUGAAAAUAACAUACAGAAAAUAGUUAUAGUGGGGGGAAAUUUGCUUUGCAAAGAUGUAUAUGUUAGGGGAAAUUUGCACUAAAAUGGUGGUUAAUUUUUACAAGGAUGGGGGGGGGUCACAAUGAUGUGGAAAUGUGGAGAUCCGAACUUAAGAGUGAAAAAAAUACAAAAUAGAAAGAAACUGAAAUGGACAGAUUAGCCCAUCCCUCCCUCCAAGUACAGUAAAUGUCCCCCCCCCCCCAAAUGCUGGCAAAGAAGUACAUAGGAGUGUAUUGCCAGAAGAAUAUUUUGGAGUGUAAGAAAGUAGGCAUAUUCUAAUGCUGCUCUUCUCAUCUGCCAAAUCAGAAGUUGUCUGACAGAGCCCCAUUAGCAGUAGGGUGAGCAGAGAAGAGACCACCCCUUCUUUCCUGCAAGGCAAGCUGAAACCAUAAAGCAAGGAGGGCUGACUCUUGUGCCUUUAAGUAGUACUGGUUUUUUAGCAUUAGCUGUAGGGAAACUACUUACCGUUGCUGUACCUUUCUACUUGUUUAGAACCCCGCAAACCUCUAAAUAUGUGCUUGUAGUCAAGCUGCUCGCACUCGCCCUAUAGUUCCCAUCAGUCAACCUCUUUAAGCUAAAUCCUAGCCUCCUUCCUUUAAAAACACAUAUGUCUUUUGCAAGAUCUGGACCAAAAGCAAGCAAAGCAAUUUAACAAGAGGGCUGCACCAGAAUCACAGAAGGUGGGAAGAGAGAUUGGGUCUUCUGAUUGUAAUAGACUCAUGUGUGCUGGUACCGCCUUUGAUAUUCAGGAUCAUGUGCAAAGAUCGGUAUAAUGCUCACAUACUAUUUGGGUUACUUUGCCUUAAAAUGGGCAUCAGUAAGCAUUUGCUCUGCUCUUUCUCUUACAGCCAUCGCGUGUCGUCGCUGCAAAAGCUGCCAAAGCUGCAAAAACCCUUCAGGCCCCUCCCUUCUAA